AACAAAUCUCAGAGGGAGGAGCUGGACUCUAUCCUCUUUAUUUUUGAAGUAAGUUGCUGUACCUUUCUGUUCUGAAUGAUGAUGAUGCCCUGUCUGAUGUCUAGUGACAUUUCCAGCCAUAGACAUGGAUCAGAUCUGUCUCUGUGGUUACAGCAUUCAACCUGUUUACUCAACUCUGCAUGUUACUGAGGGGAGGGGUCAACACAGUUUCCAUGGUGCUGAUUAGUGGUGGGGGGGAAAGAAAUGAUACAGUUACAUAUCGGGAUAUUAUAUUUGACGAUAUAUGGUAUAGUUUUGACAAUAAAAAAAAUAUAUAUUAUUUUUGCGCUAGUUUAUUUACUUGCACCAAAACUCCAGUAUUUUUCUUUCAUAGCUUGUUCUCCAUCUUCUUUUUAAAUAGGGAGCCAAUUUCUUCUCUUGUCCCUCUGCAGCAGACAUAUGGUGAGCAAUAUGUUUGGAACAUCGAAUCGCAAUAAAAUCACAGUAUUUAAUUGCAAUACGUAUAGAAUCGUGAGAAUCGCAAUGCGUAUCGUAUCGGCACCUAAGUAUCGUGAUAAUAUCUUAUUGUGAGUUCCCUGGCAAUUCCCAGCCCUAGUGCUGAUUCUACCUGCCUGCCUACUUCCUGAAUUCACCUCAAAUAGAAAAAGAAAGCAUGUUGUUAAGGAUUAAAUAGACCCAGUUAAAUAGUUUUUCACCAGUGUUGAAGGCAACACACAGAGAUGGAAGAAUUCUUGCUGUGUAUUGUAUUAAUGAGUUUUUGGAGGUUAAAGUCCCCCACCUUGUUUCCUCACCUGACUGAAACGGCAGCUCCAGUUUCCAAUAUAAACAAGCAGCUCUCCAGUAACAUUUGCUCAUGGCAGGGCUGGCUGGGAGUCUCUGGAUCAGGAAGAGUGGUUAAGAGAGGAGAGGAGCAGUUUGGUCCUUUCAGUGGGAAUGGAGUCUGUGAGGGGUAGGGCCAGAACGAUACCAGUAUCGCGAUACUCGUUAAUAUUGUGGCAAGGAAACCACACAAGAAGUGGAUUUAACUUCUUUAGGAAAACAGCCCUGAUGUUGGAAACAAACAUCAUGUUGUCAUCUAGAGUCACAUUUAUUUCCAAACUAUAGCACACUAUGUUACAUAUAGCAUGUUUUUAAAGGACCAAAGAGUUUGGUCUGCUUCGUGUUUUCAUUUUUGGCAUGGAAAAAAUAUUAUCAUACUGGUAUCAUCACAGGGAGUGUUCUUCUCACUUUGUCAAUAGAUGUCAGUCUAGCAGGGCAGGACAGAGGAAGAUUAUCCCAGGGCUGAGGUGUGGACAUGGGUCUACUGGUCUCUGUGUGAGAUCUAGGCUAAACGGUGUCAGCAGGCCUACACUCAACUCUGUCAGAGAGCUACCCAGGCAUCCUCAAUCAGUCCCCUAUAUUAUCAUGUUUCACUGCGUUUGGCUUCUUAUUUGCACACAAACACACACACACACACACACACACACACACACACACACACACACACACACACACACACACACUGUUACUGGUGUGAGGUGCAGAACAUGCUGUAUGUGUCAUGUGCUUAUUGGCAUGCUGGUAUUGCAGGUGUAUGCAAUGUCCUCUGUAUGUUAUUGACACAGUAGGCUGCUCAGUCUUUCUCCUGUAUUGACUGUUGAGUGAGAACUUUAACAAACUGAGUUCAAACUCAUGGAAUAAGCUCAUAGAAGGUUUCAAAGGUGUGCACAGGUUUGUUUUCUUCUGUUCUCAAGGGAGGGCAUGUGCCUGUUGUCGGGCUCUUGAUUCUGUGCUGUGUCUUUGUACUCACACACUUCAAUUUGUAUACAUUUGUAUGAUGACAUCUUGUGCUGUGAACUGCAAUGGCCCUAUUUGCAGUGGCAAGUCCAUAUCAUUAGUUUGAGUUACGAAAAUCAAUCAACCAUAUAAUAAGCACCAGCCCCAGACAGCACAGAGCUGUGUAUGUAACUGGAUGGCUGCAGGGACAAAGCCAUUAGUAACACCACCAGGCUUUGUGACACACUUUUAAUGCUGUUUGACAGAUGGGCUAAGAAUAAAGAAUCUCUGCCUUCAAUAUCCCACUUAAUGAAUUCAUCCCUGUACGACUUCAGAUUCCUCACUAAAGGCAGCAAGCUACUAGCUCCAAUUGCCUCAGCUCUCCAUGGAAAGAUGAGAAACUAGACUACAGGCUCCCCAUCCAUCAAACUAAGACCCCAUGUCGGGGCCUGGUUGACGUGUCUCCAGUGUGUUAUUGUUUUGAUCUGGCUAUGCUGUGGGGAUUACCUUACUGUCACCGUGGUACGGUAUGUGACCCCUUUGACCGAGACAAGACGGCGCCUACAGACAUGGUCACCCUGUUUCUAGCUCUUAGCCAACUUUACAGUAUUUAACAUUUUUCUGUGUUAUUUCUUACAUUAUUUGCUGAGAACGUUUCUUGCAUUAUUACCUACAACCAAAAAUAACUUUGGGGAAUUUUUAAGCAUUUCUCUGCACCUGCGAUAUCAUCUGCAAAAUUUGUGUACAAGACCAAUAAAAUGUAAUUUGAUUUGUUUCCAAGGGUGGCUGGGGGAUCAUCCCCCGUGUAGCGGAGCCUGCUAGAGCAGUAAUGGGUGGCUGGAGGGGGUGUCUUUUGUUCUUCCCGAACCCAGCAUCCCCCACUCCACCACUGCAGUAACCCGCCAACCCACUACCUCCCCGUUCUCUUUGUGUCUGGUGCCACUGAGACACCCGCCACAACAGAUUGCGCUGUUGCACUAUUGUGUGUGUGUGAGUACUGUGUGUGGGUACUGUGGGUGGGUGUUGUGGGUGGGUGUGUGUUGUGUGUAGACCAGAGUAGGAUGAGGUGCAGACUGAGAACCUGUAUUCUACUCCACAUAAUGUCAUGGCAUACCUUUACAUCUGCCUUAUAAUUCACCAUAAUUCACCACAUGUAAACAUUCAGUUCAAUAACCAGCCUAAUGUCUGUCCCUGAAAAUAUAACUUAUUCAGUUCAUGUUUUGAACAACCUAUUGGCGGAACAAUCAAUGCCUUUCUCUUUGAUUAUCUCACUCACGUAUCUAUUGCAAAACAGACCGAUUCUGCUCAGCCAGACGCAUCACAAAGUCAACCAUCAGAGGAGAUGCCACAGUCGGACAUAAAAGCAGAGGACAGAGGGUGGCUAGCCUGCAUGACGCUGCGUGUUUGCUAAGUCAUGCUUUGAAUACCACCUUUGUUCAACUUGAUAAACCCUGCCUGCCUCCCAUAAAACACUCGCCUGCCUUCACACCCAGAUGGGCAGUGAACAUAAUGACUGCUUUCUCCCAGCCUAGCCCUUGCCUGUUCUCCACAUCACAUCCUCACUUUGCCCCCACUGCCAAGAGGGAGCAGGCUUUGGCUAGGCCACUGCAGCUGACACUACAGACUUUAGAGUAGGCACACACUGACUACACAGUAUCUGCCCUUUGUCUACAAGUGGGCUGAUCAGUUAAUAACGAGGUCGUUGCAGUAGUUCACAUAACGGGCUCACACCAGAUUUAGACGCUUUAGGUCAGGGUUAUAAAAUUAUAUCUGUGUGGGCUUCUUGCUGUCAAUUUACAGUCUACAAAUUAUUUGUCAUUAUGUUCCAGCCCCCUGACCAUCUGCCCAAGAAGAAAUUGAUGAUACAGUGGUAGCAAUACAUGGUUAUAAGACAGAAAUGCCAAAGGUGGAGGUGUGGCCGUUUUUAUAUUCAGAACCACAUUCCUGUAAAGCUUAGAGAGGAUCUCAUGUUAAAUACUGUUCAAGUAAUAUGGCUACAGGUUCAUCUGCCUCACCUAAAGCCCCUUCUGGUGGGAAGCUGCUAUAGACCAGCAAGUGCAAACAGUCAGUAUCUGGAUAAUGUGUGAAAUUCUUGAUAAUGUAUGUGAUAUCAACAGAGAGGUAUAUUUUCUGGAUGAUUUUAAAUAUUGACUGGCUUUCAUCAGGCUGCCCACUCAAGAGAAAGCUUCAAACUGUGACUAGUGCCUGCAACCUGGUUCAGGUUAUCCGUCUACCUACCAGGGUAGUUACAAACAGCACAGGUAUGAAAUCAUCAACAUGUAUUGAUCACAUCUUUACUAAUGCUGCAGAAAUUUGCUUUAAAGCAGUAUCCGAAUCCAUCGGAUGUAGUGAUCACAAUAUAUUGGCCAUAUCUAGGAAAACUAAAGUUCCAAAGGCUGGGCCCUAAUAUAGUGUAUAAGGUCAUACAAUAAGUUUUGAAGUGAUUCCUAUGUUGUUGAUGUAAAUAAUAUUUAUUGGUCCAUGGUGUGUAAUGAAGAGCAACCAGAUGCUGCACUUGACACAUUAAUGAAAUUGCUUAUCCCAGUUACUAAUAAGCUUCCACCCAUUAAGAAAAUGACUGUAAAAACUGUUGAAUCCCCGUGGAUUGAUGAGGAAUUGUUAAAUUGUAUGGUAGAGAGGGAUGAGGCAAAAGGAAUGGCAAAUAAGUCUGGCUGCAUAACCGAUUGGCAAACGUACUACAAAUUGAGAUAAAGAGUUACCUGUCUAACAGAACACAGAGGGCGUUCUUUAAUGGAAGCCUCUCCAACAUAAUCCAGGUAGGAUCAGGAAUUCCCCAGGGCAGCUGUCUAGGCCCUCAGAUCCUCAAAAAGUUAUACAGCUGCACCAUCGAGAGCAUCGUGACUGGUUGCAUCACCGCCUGGUAUGGCAACUGCUCGGCCAACGACCGCAAGGCACUCAGAGAGGGUAGUGCGUACGGCCCAGUACAUCACUAGGGCCAACCUUCCUGCCAUCCAGGACCUCUAUACCAGGCGGUGUCAGAAGAAGGCCCUAAAAAUUGUCAAAGACUCCAGCUACCCUAGUCAUAGACUGUUCUCUCUGCUACCGCAUGGCAUGGCAAACGGUACCGGAGCGUGAAGUCUAAGUCCAGAAGGCUUCUUAACAGCUUCUACCCCCAAGCCAUAAGACUCCUGAACAGCUAAUCAUGGAUAACCAGACUAUUUGCAUUGCCCCCCCCCCCCCCCCCCCAACCCCCUAUUUUACACUGCUGCUACUCUGUUUAUUAUUUAUGCAUAGUCACAUUAACUCUACCCACAUGUACAUAUUACCUCAAUUACCUCGACUAACCGGUGCCUCCACACAUUGACUCUGUACCGGUAUCCUCUGUAUAUACAGUGAGGGAAAAAAGUAUUUGAUCCCCUGCUGAUUUUGUACGUUUCCCACUGACAAAGACAUGAUCAGUCUAUAACUUUAAUGGUAGGUUUAUUUGAACAGUGAGAGACAGAAUAACAACAAAAUAAUCCAGAAAAACGCAUGUCAAAAAUGUUAUAAAUUGAUUUGCAUUUUAAUGAGGGAAAUAAGUAUUUGACCCCUCUGCAAAACAUGACUUAGUACUUGGUGGCAAAACCCUUGUUGGCAAUCACAGAGGUCAGACGUUUCUUGUAGUUUGUACACAUCUCAGGAGGGAUUUUGUUCCACUCCUCUUUGCAGAUCUUCUCCAAGUCAUUAACGUUUCAAGGCUGACGUUUGGCAACUCGAACCUUCAGCUCCCUCCACAGAUUUUCUAUGGGAUUAAGGUCUGGAGACUGGCUAGGCCACUCCAGGAUCUUAAUGUGCUUCUUCUUGAGCCACUCCUUUGUUGCCUUGGCCGUGUGUUUUGGGUCAUUGUCAUGCUGGAAUACCCAUCCACGACCCAUUUUCAAUGCCCUGGCUGAGGGAAGGAGGUUCUCACCCAAGAUUUGACGGUACAUGGCCCCAUCCAUCGUCCCUUUGAUGCGGUGAAGUUGUCCUGUCCCUUUAGCAGAAACCCCCCUCCAAAGCAUAAUGUUUCCACCUCCAUGUUUGACGGUGGGGAUGGUGUUCUUGGUGUCAUAGGCAGCAUUCCUCCUCCUCCAAACACAGGUGAGUUGAGUUGAUGCCAAAGAGCUCGAUUUUGGUCUCAUCUGACCACAACACUUUCACCCAGUUCUCCUCUGAAUCAUUCAGAUGUUCAUUGGCAAACUUCAGAUGGGCCUGUAUAUGUGCUUUCUUGAGCAUGUGGACCUUGCGGGCGCUGCAGGAUUUCAGUCCUUGUCGGCGUAGUGUGUUACCAAUUGUUUUCUUGGUGACUAUGGUCCAAACUGCAUUGAGAUCAUUGACAAGAUCCUCCCGUGUAGUUCUGGGCUGAUUCCUCACCGUUCUCAUGAUCAUUGCAACUCCAUGAGGUGAGAUCUUGCAUGGAGCCCCAGGCCGAGGGAGAUUGACAGUUAUUUUGUGUUUCUUCCAUUUGCGAAUAAUCGCACCAACUGUUGUCACCUUCUCACCAAGCUGCUUGGCGAUGGUCUUGUAGCCCAUUCCAGCCUUGUGUAGGUCUACAAUCUUGUCCCUGACAUCCUUGGAGAGCUCUUUGGUCUUGGCCAUGGUGGAGAGUUUGGAAUCUGAUUGAUAAAUUGCUUCUGUGGACAGGUGUCUUUUAUACAGGUAACAAGCUGAGAGUAGGAGCACCCCCUUUAAGAGUGUGCUCCUAAUCUCAGCUUGUUACCUGUAUAAAAGACACCUGGGAGCCAGAAAUCUUUCUGAUUGAGAGGGGGUCAAAUACUUAUUUCCCUCAUUAAAAUGCAAAUCAAUUUAUAACAUUUUUGACAUGCGUUUUUCUGGAUUUUGUUGUUGUUAUUCUGUCUCUCACUGUUCAAAUAAACAUACCAUUAAAAUUAUAGACUUAUCAUUUCUUUGUCAGUGGGCAAACUUACAAAAUCAGCAGGGGAUCAAAUACUUUUUCCCCUCACUGUAGCCUCCCUACUGUCAUUUUAUUUUACUGCUGUUCUUUAAUUAUUUUGUAUUUUUUACUUAUCUAUUUUUUACUUAACACUUUUUACUGCAUUUUUGGUUAAGGGCUUGUAAGUAAGCAUUUCAUACAUUAAUAAAAAAAAAUCAAAAUGUAUUAACCACAUGCCACUGGCUUUGAGUAAAGCCAGUGUGUCUAUGUAUGCGGAUGACUCAACACUAUACACGUCAGCUACUACAGCGACUGAAAUGACUGCAACACUUAACAAAGGGCUGCAGUUAGUUUCAGAAUGGGUGGCAAGGAAUAAGUUAGUCCUAAAUGAUUUAAAAAAACUAAAAGCAUUCUAUGUGGGACAAAUUAUUCACUAAACCCUAAACCUAAACCACAACCUUGUAAUGAAUAAUGUGGAAAUUUAGCAAGUUGAGGUGACUAAACUGCUUGGAGUAACCCUGGAUUGUAAACUGUCAUGGUCAAAACAUAUUGAUACAAUAGUAGCUAAGAUGGGGAGAAGUCUGUCUAUAAUAAAGUGCUGCUCUGCCUUCUUAACAGCUCUAUCAACAAGGCAGGUUGUACAGGCCCUAGUUUUGUCGCACCUGGACUACUGUUCAGUCGUGUGGUCAGGUGCCACAAAGAGGGGAGCACGGCUGGCCAUUGGAUGUACACAGAGAGCUAACAUUAAUAAUAUGCAUGUCAAUCUCUCCUGGCUCAAAGUGGAGGGGAGAUUGACUUCAUCACUACCUGUAUUUGUGAGAGGUAUUGACAUGUUGAAUUCACCAAGCUGUCUGUUUGAACUACUGGCACACAGCUCAGACACCCAUGCAUACCCCACAAGACAUAACACCAGAGGUCUCUUCACAGUCCCAAAGUCCAGAACAGACUAUGGGAGGCUCACAGUACUACAUAGAGCCAUGACUACAUGGAACUCUAUUCCACAUCAAGUAACUCAUGCAAGCAGUAAAAUUAGAUUUUUUUAAAACGAUAAAAAUAAACCUUAUGGAACAGUGGGGACUGUGAAACAACACAAACAUAGGCACAGACACAUGCAUACACACUCACGAUAACAUACGCACUAUACACACACGUACACAUGGAUUUUGUGUUGUAGAUAUGUGGUAGUAGAGUAGAGGCAUGAGGGCACACACUUAAUGUGUUAUGAAAUCUGAUGUGAAUGUAUUGUAAUGUUUUUUUUAAAUUGUAUAACUGCCUUAUUUUUGCUGGACCCCAGGAAGAGUUGCUGCUGCCUUAAAUACAAAUACAAAUUACAGCAAAUGUGAGUAGGUGGGGAAGCAACAGUCGAGAAACGCUGUAGAAGAGUGGCACUCAUUACAGUAUGUCUUCUUUUUUUUUGUCAUUUAGCAGACGCUCUUAUCCAGAGCGACUUACAAUUAGUGAGUGCAUACAUUUUUCAUACUGGCCCCCCGUGGGACAUGUGUGUAGGUGGAAGUUCUAUAAAAACACUCUAGACCUCUGUCGUCAUUAUUGUCACAAGACCAGAGCUCUGUGGUCACAUAGCAUGAGUCCCAGACCCACUGACCUAUGGUUAUUUACCCUCCCUCAUGGCACUGGUGACAGGUCAGUGGACAGCACACCAACCAACAUGAGUUGAGAUCCAGCCCAAAAAUUCACUGGAACAUUUCAGGAAAUGGAGGCAAAGUAGGCAAAUGAGUCAGGAAUGGGUUUAGGCUGUCCUAGGGGUUAUGGGACUGGCUGUGGCCCUGUGACCAGGUUAGAGGUUAUAGGACUGGCUGUGGCCCUGUGACCAGGUUAGAGGUUAUGGGACUGGCUGUGGCCCUGUGACCAGGUUAGAGGUUAUAGGACUGGCUGUGGCCCUGUGACCAGGUUAGAGGUUAUGGGACUGGCAGUGGACCUGUGGUUCUGUGACUAGGGGACCUUAUAGCAAAGUGUGUGUGUCUGCUUCCCCAGUCUGAGUCUCUGGGCUGCAACCUGAUUCUGGCCCAGCCAUCCCCAGCCAUCUGUCAUCCAGCCCCAGACUCACCACUCUGAGUUCAGGCCUGCUCUGACGUCCAGACUGGGAAAGCCACUGUCUAUGUCCAGAAUACAUUCUUCAAUAAGGUGGUGCUCAGAACUGAAGUGAUUGAUAAACCUUAUUUGGAUGCAACACCCUAUGGCAAUAUUCCUUUGGGUAAAGGAGCGUAGUCAGAAACGUCCAGCUCUGUGAGCUACAUUGGUGUUGUUUUUCUUCACUAUGUUUGUGUCAGUCCACUGAAUAUUCACAUCAGGGGACUGACUCAAUGCUUUUCUUACUGCACUAGCCCUGGACUGUGUGUGUAGACCCUUAAGACUUACGCAUCUACUACAAGACCAUGGUGCUUGCCUACAGAGCUGUGAGGGGAACGGCACCUCCUUACCUUCAGGCUCUGAUCAGACCCUACACCCAGGGCACUACGUUCAUCCACCUCUGGCCUGCUAGCUCCCCUACCUCUACGGAAGCACAGUUCCCGCUCAGCCCAGUCAAAGCUAUUUGCUGCUCUGGCACCCCAAUGGUGGAACAAGCUCCCCCACGACGCCAGGACAGCGGAGUCACUGAUCACCUUCCGGAGACACUUGAAACCCUACCUCUUUAAGGAAUACCUGGAAUAGUAUAAAUUAAUCCUUCUAACCCCCCCCCCCCCCCCCACCCCCCCAUAAAAAAAUAAAUUUUAAAAAAAGGGUGGUUGUCCCACUGGCUAUCAUAAGUUGAAUACACCAAUUUGUAAGUCGCUCUGGAUAAGAGCGUCUGCUAAAUUAUGUAAAUGUAAAUGUUAUGAGUAGGGAAGUCUACACUCCAGUCAGUGCUGUACUAGUGAGACAGGACAGUAAUCAUGUUAUGAAGGAAAGAAGCCAUGGAGGAGAGGGGAGGGUUGAGGACAGGACAGCGCUUGGCUCUCAAUAUUUGCUAGUCUUAGCCAUCACUCACAGGGCAGUACGAUUGGCCGUGAUUGAUGUCAGUUUAAGUGUUCAGUGCAGAGCCAGACCAUUAAAGUGCUGGGUAUGUAAAUUGUCCAAGUAGGUAAUUAAUAAAAUAAUGUCAACCUGUAUCAUGCUGCCCAUCAGUACCUCUCCUCGGCCUCUGUCUUUGGGCUAAUGGCCUCAGCUCCCCCUUGGUGCACAUCAAAGUUGGAAUAGCUUAAUGCUUUUUAUUAGCUUGUUAUCUACUAAAUGCUUCAGGACAAUGAACAUGUACUGUACAUACGUUAUGUUGUUUUCGUCCCCUCCUGUUUGGAUUAGGAUUGACAGAUCUUCUGCAGGAGACUGUUCGUGUAAAUGUUAUGGUAAUUUAGGCCUACUCUACUCACUAUGUAGGUUGGCAGUGUACAGUCGUGGUCAAAAGUUUUGAGAAUGACACAAAUACAAAUUUUCACAAAGUCUGCUGCCUCAGUUUUUGAUGAUGACAAUUUGCAUAUACUCCAGAAUGUCAUGAAGAGUGAUCAGAUGAAUUGCAAUUAAUUGCAAAGUCCCUCUUUGCCAUGAAAAUGAACUUAAUCCCAAAAAACAUUUCCACUGCAUUUUAGCCCUGUCACAAAAGGACCAGCUGCCAUCAUGUCAGUGAUUCUCUCGUUAACACAGGUGAGAGUGUUGACGAGGACAAGGCUGGAGAUCACUCUGUCAUGCUGAUUGAGUUAGAAUAACAGACUGGAAGCUUUAAAAGGAGGGUGGUGCUUGAAAUCAUUGUUCUUCCUCUUAACCAUGGUUACCUGCAAGGAAACACGUGCCGUCAUCAUUGCUUUGCACAAAAAGGGCUUCACAGGCAAGGAUAUUGUUCCUAGUAAAAUUGCACCUAAAUCAACCAUUUAUCGGAUCAUCAAGAACUUCAAGGAGAGGGGUUCAAUUGUUUUGAAAAAGGAAUCAGGGCGCCCAGGAAAGUCCAGCAAGCGCCAGGACCAUCUCCUAAAGUUGAUUUAGCUGUGGGAUCGGGGCACCACCAGUGCAGAGCUUGCUCAGGAAUGGCAGCAGGUAGGUGUGAGUGCAUCUGCACGCACAGUGAGGCGAAGACUUUUGGAGGAUGGCCUUGUGUCAAGAAGGGCAGCAAAGAAGUCCACUUCUCUCCAGGAAAAACAUCAGGUACAGACUGAUAUUCUGCAAAAGGUACAGGUAUUGGACUGCUGAGGACUGGGGUAAAGUCAUUUUCUCUGAUGAAUCCCCUUUCCGAUUGUUUGGUGCAUCAGGAAAACACCUUGUCCGGAGAAGACAAGGUGAGCGCUACCAUCAGUCCUGUGUCAUGCCAACAGUAAAGCAUCCUGAGACCAUUCAUGUGUGGGGUUGCUUCUCACCCAAGGGAGUGGGCUCACUCACAAUUGUGCCUAAGAACACAGCCAUGAAUAAAGAAUGGUACCAACACAUCCUCCGAGAGCAACUUCUCCCAACCAUCCAAGAACAGUUUCGUGACGACCAAUGCCUUUUCCAGCAUGAUGGAGCACCUUGCCAUAAGGCAAAAGUGAUAACUAAGUGGCUCGGGGAACAAAACAUCGAAAUUUUGGGUCCAUAGCCAGGAAACUCCCCAGACCUUAAUCCCAUUGAGAACUUGUGGUCAAUCCUCAAGAGACGGGUGGACAAACAAAAACCCACAAAUUCUGACAAACUCCAAGCAUUGAUUAUACAAGAAUGGGCUGCCCUCAGUCAGGAUGUGGCCCAGAAGUUAAUUGACAGCAUGCCAGGGCGGAUUGCAGAGGUCUUGAAAAAGAAGGGUCAACACUGCAAAUAUUGACUCUUUGCACAAACUUUAUGUAAAUGUCAAUAAAAGCCUUUGACACUUAUGGAUCUUCAGAGCUCUCUCUUGCACUCUCCUCUUGCGCUCUUCUCUCGGCUCUUCUCUCUCUCUCUCUUCUCUUUCUCUCUCUUCUCUUCUAUCUCUAUCUCUCUCGCAAAGGAGCACUGUGCACAGGGAAUGUAUUAUACUUCAGUAUACCAUAGUAACAUCUGACAAAAAUAUCUAAAAACAGUGAAGCAGCGAACUUUGUGAAGACCAAUACUUGUGUCAUUCUCAAAACAUUUGUCCACGACUGUAGACUAGGCCUAAUUUGUCAUGUGAUCCAUUGCUGUAUAGAGGAAGGCUUAGGCCUACAUUUUGUAGGUUGCUAUUUUUGUCCAAAUGUAUCUAUUGGGCAACAGUCACUGGAUUUUUAAAAGAUAUUCUAUGAAAUGUAAUUCAGGUUAGUUUGACUUUAACUUGGAGUAAAGAGAAAUAGCCUAUGUGGAGGGGAUAAAAAAAUUAAAAAAAUAUGUGAAUCUGAUCAGAUUCGUAAUCAUUAGCUUGAGGAAGAGCUGCAGUGUAUUGUGUUGUUGCCAGCUACUAGUUAGAGAGUAGAAUGAACACAUUUGUUAAAUGUCUCAAUAAUACAGUAUGUGCUAAAUUGCACGUCUAAUAAACUUGUUAAAACCAAAUGUAGAUACAAAAAUAACUCCCUUUGUUUGGCUACUUAGGCUAACCAAUAGGCCUAAAACCAGACUACUAUUUGAUUGGCUAUAGGCUAUAUUAUCAUCAGUUGAGCUCUAUCUAGUUCUACAAACAGGGCUGUUGAUUUGGUGGCCAUGUAAUCCACUGUUGUUUACACUUUGGGGUUGGCUUGGAGACAUCCACUGUGUGACUGACUGGACAUUUUACUGUCUCGUUAUUUCAUUUAGUUUAGUUCUAGUUUUUGUCCUGCUAAUUAAGUUAAUCCAAUAUUUUACAACACAAGUUCACGUGUUAUGAUUGAUAUGGGUCAAAACAGUUUAGUUAUUAACAGUGAACUUUGAUUUGCCCUCUAGUCACCUGCUUGUACUCUCUGGGCUGUGAUGUUCACAUGCCUGCCAUGCCGUUUACUCAUAAACUCCACUGUGACUGACUGCCCUGUAAAAACCUAUGUCUCUGUCUUAUAUGGCUGGUUUGAGAAAGUUUACUAUUUUCUUCCCCCCCCCCCCCCCCCCUCAUUGUUGUGUCAAGUGAAGCUUCAAUCAGUGGCACAAUGAUAGUCUGCAAUGUUCUCCUGAGGGUGUCUGUGAAUGCUGGAAAGCUCUUGUGGGCCACCUCUGGUAGAAGUGUCAUGUUCACCCUGUGGCUGGAAACCUAAGUGUGGAUCAUGUAAAUGUGGUUGGAGUUGGAGGUGUCCCUCAGUAAUGCCCCAUCUUUAUGCCUGGAGUACAGCUCCAGAUUAGAGUACUGUGACUCCGUCGGCCCACUUCGCUCAGCCCCUUUGUCAGUCUCACAGCGCUUCAUAUCAACCAGUAAAGUAUCAUUGUUGCGGCUGCCAUUCCCACCACCACAGGGAGUCUCCUUGCUUCUGUGCCUCAUUCCCUGCUUAUCCCUGGAAGAAGGGUGGGUGUUAUUACACCCACUACACACACACACACCCUCCCUCCCUGUAAACCACACAGGCUUAGACUGGCCUCUACUGAGUUACCACCUAAAAUAAUGUGUCUGCUGCUCCAAGGAGUGUGUCCGUGCUGGGAGCUGGGGAUGUCUAAUCCCAGCCGGCAUCAAUAGAGAGGGACACGUGUCAUCAUGCUCGGGAUCAGAGAGGAGUCAACCAGGAAACCGGGACACACAGUCCCACAGGCAAGCACCAGGAGUGAUGGCUGUCUUGUCAGAUUUCUGUUUCAAUCACUGAGAGGGAUUGAGACAGCGACAUACAGAGAGGGGAAGGUGAGGAAGAAUAGAGAGCGAGAGAGACAGAGUGGAGGAGGAGAAAGAGAAGGAAAAGGAGGGGAGAAAUACAGAGGGGGGGGGGGGGGGUUGUUGACAAACAGAUGUGCUGUACUCCAAACGUGAGAUGAGUUUUGGAAGCCACUAAGUCUCAGCAUAAUGUGGUGUGGCUGCUCUCCUCUUGGCCACUGAUCCAGUCUCUGGUCUCUCUCUCUCCGGCUGUGGAGACGUGCUCUGCAAGUAUGGACUCUUCCUUUCUGCAAAUUCAGCUCACGUGCUGGUGAGGACUUAAUCUUCAGAGCUCUCUCUCGCACUCUCCUCUUGCGCUCUUCUCUCGGCUCUCUUCUCUCUCUCUUCUCUUCUAUCUCUAUCUCUCACGCAAAGGAGCACUGUGCACUGGGCUUUAGAUCUCUAAAUUGGAAAUGGUAUUUGUCUUAUUGAGUCGAUGAUGAGUGGUGAACCAAGUGGUUCAUCAAUUACCCACAAUGCACUGGCCAUUAUCUGACAGGCCGCCACACACAGCGGAGUCCUCUCUUCUCAUCCCUCUCUCCCCCUAUCCCUCUCAUCCAUCCAUCCCCCCUGGCUCUUUUCCAUCCCCAAGUUAACCCGUCCCUCAGUGGAGGAAUAAUGAUAGCCUACUGAAAGGUCAGCACGCUCUAAUUGAGUUGUGACUACUGACUGACUGACGAGGCUGCUAUGCAUCUGGGCUGCGUUUAGGAUGUAUGGCUGAGCAACUUGUCAACAAAGCCAGGCGUGUGGUGUGUGAACAUCAUUGUUUCACAGUUUUGGAUCGAAGCACCACAUUGAGUUGUUUAAAGAUUAUCGAGUAAAUGUUCUUUCCUCUACCUUUGUGAUCAGGUUUCUUUGCUCUGUCUCUGUGACUGUUUUGCCAUAAGUGAUUGGUCUGUUUGGAGAUUUUGCAAAUACUUACACAUUAUUUCUCAUAUUUUCCAGAAAAUUCUGCAACUUCUACCAGAAAAAAUCUACAGUCGAUGGCAGUUCCACAGUAUAGGUAUGUACCACUGAAUUUCUAAGUUUGUACUUGGAGUACUUUAGCUUCCUUGAAUCGGCCUACACUGGCAAUGUUUGCAUUCUUCUGCAUGGGUACAGUAGUCAAAAUCCUGUUCCCUCCCCUCCUGCUGCUACAACCACCAAAAUAAACCAUGGAAGCACAGAUUAUCAGCACAACCACGCUUAAACGGUUUGUGUAAGAAGAAAAUAAUUAGUUGUGGAAGGAGAAGUAAAUGAAAAAUGCAAAUGAGAGCCUAAUUUGAGAUGCAAAUUGGUAAUUGAAUUAUGCUUCGCUCGGUUUCAGCCUCGCGAGCAGGAGGACCCUCGUAAACAGCGAUAACCUCAAUUAUAAUCUUCUGUUUUCAGUCCUUUCUAUGCUAAAGCGGUGAGGUAGAGAUUGCAGCCGCUGAUCACCCCUGGGGCUUAUUACUCCAAAUAUGGAGGCUCAUCCCCCCUCGGCAUCCCCCAAACACGCACCCUGCUCCCCGGUCCACAAAUCACCAGCUAAAACCUGUCUCCUUCCCUAGCCUCACCCUUUUAGGAACGUCCCCCUGCUGCUUGCAGCACACAUCAUAAUUCAGCUGAUGCUAUUCUGUGAGAUGGUCUGCUGGGUUGUGUGGGUGUUUGAAUAGAAUGCUUGAAAGGUGAAACAGCACCACUGUUCGCCCCAGGCGCAUUUGUUAGUGUUUUUGUUUUCCUGACUAAACGGAGGUGAGGAGCAUCCAAAUGGAGGUGAGCAAUGUGGUAAAAAAAAUUUGCAGUACAUAUUCUGCUUUUCUAUCAUGUGUGCAAUGAUGUCUGAGGGGGAAAAAAAACUGUGUUUGUUGUUUGCAGUAACUUCUUUGUGGAGGAAGGCCCUAAAAAUUGUCAAAGACUCCAGCCAUUCAAGUCAUAGACUGUUUUAUCUGCUACCGCAUGGCAAGCAGUACCGGUGCACCAAGUCUGGAACCAACAGGACCCUGAACAGCUCUACCCCCAAGCCAUAAGACUGCUGAAUAGUUAGUUAAAUAGUUAACCAAAUAGCUACCUGGAUUAUCUGCAUUUCUGCACUAACUUUAUGGACUCAUCACAUGCUGCUGCUACUGUUAAUGAACUAUCCUGUUGCCUAUUCACUUUAAGGAGUCACCUCUCACCUAGAUAACUGCCUACUAUUGACCCUACUGCCCAAAGUGGGUAGAUGACAAUGCUUAGAAUUAGCAAGGAGGGCCGGGAGCUGUGGAACUCCUACAGUCAGAUCCAGUAAGACAGGCCCCAGUGGUGUGUUUUUGUGAUCCCUCCGCUAGUGAAACAAGCAUUUACACAGACCAUUACCUGGUGGAAAAUUGAUCUCGCUCAGUCUUCCUCACUCCGUCUCUCCUUCCCUCUCAUUUCCAAUCUCUUGGAGCCUAGAAGUUGGGAUUGGGAAGCAAUUUCUUUCUUUAUUCAUUUAGCCAACACAGGGAACGUCAUUGAUUUAACCUGAUGAGCGGAGAACCAGGCAUUUAGCAAUCAGAGUAUUGUCUCAUUUGAUUACCACAGACCUGAUUGGCUUCAUAAAUGCACACCAGGCAAUUGAUGUUCAUUUUCAUCAGGAGAAUGAGCAGCCUUCCCUCCCUGACUGGUUUAUCACCACCCCCAAGGUCAAUAUGUAUUGAUGGAACAGACAGACUUUCUUCUCUGUGUUAAGUGUAGCUCAAAUCAAAUUGUAUUUGUCACAUGCUUCAUAAACAACAGGUGUAGACUAACAGUGAAAUGCUUAGUUACGGGUCCUUUUCCAAUAAUGCAGAGUUAAAGAUAAAAAUAAAUAAAAAAUAGAAAUAGUGACAUGAGUAAUACGUACACAGUGAAUAACAAUAACGAGUAAAAAUAACAUGGCUAUAUACAGGAAGUACCAGGUAAUAACAUGGCUAUAUACAGGAAGUACCAGGUAAUAACAUGGCUAUAUACAGGAACUACCAGGUAAUAACAUGGCUAUAUACAGGAACUACCAGGUAAUAACAUGGCUAUAUACAGGAAGUACCAGGUAAUAACAUGGCUAUAUACAGGGAGUACCAGGUAAUAACAUGGCUAUACACAGGGAGUACCAGGUACUAACAUGGCUAUAUACAGGGAGUACCAGUACCGAGUCGAUGUGCAGGAGUACGAGGUAAUUGAGGUAGCUCUGUACAUAUAGUAGGGGUAAAGUUACUAGGCAACAGGAUAGAUAAUAGACAGUAUUAGCAUUGUGUGUGAAUGGAGGCAGUAUGCAUGUGUGCGCGUGUUGUGUGUGUGGGCCUAUGUGUGUUUGUGUGUUUGUGUGUUGGGGUGUAAGUAUUUGUGAGUGUGUGUGUGUGUGUGUGUGUGUGUAGAGUCCAGUGUGUGUGCAUAGAGUCAGUGCAAGAGAGUUAGUGCAAAAAAGGGUCAAUGCAGGUAGUCCAGGUAGCCAUUUGAUUAGCUAUUCAGCAGUCUUAUGGCUUGGUGGUAGAAACUGUUCAGGGUCCUGUUGGUUCCAGACUUGGUGCACUGGUACAGCUUGCCGUGCGGUGGCAGAGAGAACAGUCUAUGAAUUGGGUGGCUGGAGUCUUUGACAAUUUUUGGGGUCUUCUUCUGACACCGCCUCAGGGCUCUACAGUGCAACCAUUUUACUCGCAUAUGCGCCUAAAUAUUUUGCUGUGCGGUCUCUAAUUUUAAUUAAGAGCAUCAGUGCGCCUAGAAAAAAAUCACCAAGAUGAUGAUUGCCCCUGAGUACCAUGGAGAAUACACUGAGCUCAGAUUCAUGACCGUCAUGCUUGCACCAUUGCUACAAAGAAAACGCCUAGUUGCCUCAAAUACAUUUCUUUGUGUGCUCCUAAAUACUUCAACUUAGGCGCACACGUGCUCCUUGUAAAAAAAGGUCAGCGUAGGGUCCUGCUCUGGUAUAGAGGUCCUAGAUGGCAGGGAGCUCGGCCCCAGUGAUGUACUGGGCCUUACUCACCACCCUGUGUAGCGCCUUGCGGUUGGUUGCCAUGCAGUUGCCGUACCAAGCGGUGAUGCAGCCAGUCAAGAUACGCUCAAUGGUGCAUCUGUAGAACUUUUUGAGGAUCUGAGGGCCCAUGCCAAAUCUUUUCAGCCUCCUGGGGAGAGAGGUGUUGUCGUUCAUUCUUCACGACUGUGUUGGUGUGUGGACCAUGAUAGAUCCUUAGUGAUGUGGACACCGAGGAACUUGAAUAUUUCGACCCGCUCCACUACAGCCCCAUUGAUGUGGAUGUUCAAUGUGCAGAGCAGUGUCUAGUAUCUGUAGUACACAUCAAAUGGAAGAUAUAUCUGUUCUGUUGGUGUCAGGAUUGUUCUGUUGUUCAUGCUCGCUCGCUUUCUGUUUCAGGUUCUAUUCUGAAAAAGCUUUUGCACACUGGAAACUCAUUCAAGGUAAGAAUUGUUGUGCAUUUUCUCACACAAUCCCUUAAAUGUUUGUCACACAUUACUGUGAAGGAGACAGAGCAGUCUGAUCCAGUCCUGUGUACAGUAACCUUUCCCCUGUCCUCCUGCCUGUAGAUCAGAUGUGAGGGCAUCCGUCUGUUGUUGCUGUGGCUGCAGGCCCUGCAGAAUAACUGUGCAGAGGAGCAGUUCCUCAUCUUCGCCUGCCUGGUGCCAGGCUUCCCUGCCGUGCCCUCCACCAGAGGACCCUGCACCCUGGAUACCAUCAUCUACAACCCUUUCUCCAACCCACCCGAUUGUGAGACCCCUCAACGUCAACCUCCCCCCCCCCCCCCCCACACAAUUACAGUUGACUGUAAUUGUCUGGGUCCUGGGGAAUUACACUGAUUAUUUCAUGAAAUAGGCUGCUGAGGUGAGAUGAAGGUUGUCCUCACUCCUCAGAAAGUUUUGUCAUGUGAGGUGAAAUGUGUAUAUUUUGGGAUGUCAGCACUCAGUUUGUUUAUUUGACCUGACGAAGAUCCGUUUCGGAUCGAAACGUUGUCAAUAAAGCGGUAAAUUGGGAGCUUCAACAGUGUGUGGUCCUUCUUUAUUAAUAAUAUAGUGUUCAUAGUGUUCAUCAGUGUGUACCUCUCUCUCUCUUUCCCUCUCUCUCUUUCUCUCUGCGCCACAACAGCCAAGGUGGUGCCUGAGGAAAUCACCCCACUGGUGCCAGCUGUGCCAGGGGAGAAGCUGGCAGACGACCAGACCUGCUAUAUCCUCCAAACCCUGCUCAAGUUCAUGGUUGUUCAGGUGAGGCUCCUGCUACAAGACAGUCCUAUCUAGACAACUAGACAAUGUGGCCUUGGUUGAAUACUUUGAAAAUGCAUGAUCCAAUCAAAUUAGGUCUUUACUGGAAAACAAAGUAAGGGAUCCAGUACAAAGCUUGUAUGGGGCUCUUGUCUGGCUGUGUAGUGACUCUGUGUGUCUCUGUGUGUCUGAAAGGCGUCCAGUUUAGAGUGGAGGAACAAAGACAACCAGGACACUGGCUUCAGGUUUCUCUUCAGUCUGUUCAAGAAGUACUACCUUCCCCACCUCUUCCCCUCCUUCACCAAGCUCACCAACCUCUACAAGCCGCUUUUAGGUAGGUGUGUGCAGCAACAGGCCUUUACCAAAUCCAAAACUUACUACAGUAAAUGCACACAUAUUCCUGAGGCCAGGCAAUUUAGAUGUAUUGUCAUGAACCUGAAGCUUUUCUCCAUUUCCCCUGUUGUAAUGAUGUACUCUCGUUCUAAGGGUGAAUUACAUAUUUUUUUUGUGCUAAUUGCCAGUUAAUUCAAAGGUAUUGAUCCCAUGUUUAAAAGGGGUUUCUUGAUGAAUUAUAGUAAUUUAAAUCCUUUGAAACAAUAACCUGGUCCAUGAGGCUGUGGUUCACUGUAGUUAUCAGGGUUCGCUCAGGUCAAUGACUUUGUGUGCUGAAUUACAUAUUUUCAUAUGAUGGCCAGUCUUAGCUGACAUUGAAACCUAAGAGAGCAGUACUUUUGAAUCUUGUGAAAUUAUCCCUCCACUUUCUGUCUCUAACGCUCUCCUUUUAUCUCCCCCUCCCUUUCUAAACCCUCUCUCUCUCCCUUGUUUCUGUCUCUCUCUGUCUCUCACAAUUAUUUGUGGGUCUGUGUAAUCUAAGGCAAAUAUGUGUCUCUAAUAUGGUUUGGAAUAAUGGUUUGGAAUAAUUCUCUCUCUCUCUCUCUCUAUCUCUCUAUCUCCUUGUUUAUCUCUCUCCUCCUUCUCUCCUCUUCCCCAGACCUCCCUCACCACAGACCGAAGCCUCUGUAUGUCCCGGUGACCCGUAACCACGAGAGCACGUUCUGUACGAGGGACCAGUACCUAGCUCCCCGCGUUGCCUUCAUCACCUGGCUGGUCACCUUCUUCCUGGAGAAGAAGUACAUCAGCACCGCCACCCCCAGCGCCAAGAACGGGACGAACGAUGUCAUCCCCAAACUCAUCCAGGUAUGUCUGCUGUCAUACGCUGUACUGUCACCCAGGUUCAGUUUGAGACCAUGCAGAAAAGAUUGGAUGGUCAAUUCAAAGGAGAGGUUUGGAAUAAUUUUAAUCUAACAACAGUUGCUUUUGUGUUUGUGUUAGUCUUUAUGAUUUAUAGUGGAAUCCAGCCCUAAACCCUCUCUACCUCUCACUGGUACCCUGUCCAAACCCUGCCUGUGCUGUGUGUUCAGACUGUCACUGCAGGCGGUAGCAGUCAGGAGAAGGAGAGGGAUAAAGAUCGUGGCGGUAGUGAGGGGGAGCCCAACGGCCCUACGGAGCCAGAGAAGAGCCACUCUAACAGUAGCACGCUGUCUGACCGGCGGUCCAGUGACUCUAGCCUGUGCAGCAUCGAUGAGGAGCACCGCAGCGUCUAUGACAUGGUGCACGGCAUCCUGCUCUCCACACGGGACAACAUCAACUUCGUCAACGAGGUCUUCCACCAGGUACAGCCCGCAGAGAGAUGAUGGCGAAGAGUUUCCAAGUGUAAACAAUGCUUUUCUUCUGCAAGGGUAGUUUUAGUUGUGAAGCUGAUUUCCCCUUGUACUCCACUAGCUUUUAAACAUGAUGCUGAAUAGGAGACCAUGUGCUAUGUUAUUAGUUGUAGUGUACUGCUGUCUAGUGGAAAGACACUAUCACUACAUCAAAGCUAUCAUCUUAGAGUUGGAGCAAAUUAAAGAAACAAUUGUAACGUUUGUCUUUAGCAACCACAUCUGCUUUAUGCCAUUUAACAAACACCUUAUUACUCUCAUGAUCCUGAAAAUAAAUGUAUUCAUUAUCCAAUACAUCUGGCCAUUAUUUUCUCUUGUAUAAUACUGUGUAAUAACUGUCUGUAUCAUCCUGCUCCAGGCCUUCCUGUUGCCCUCCUGUGAGGCGUCAGCGACCCGGAAGGUGAUCAAGGUGUACAGGAAGUGGAUCCUGAUGGAGAAGCCAGGCUUCAUGACAGAGCCAGAAAAGAGCAGACAGGCUGAGGUGGAGGAGAACCCUGAGCAGCUGCUCAUCACUGAGACUGACAACACACCCACACAGGUAAUGUCAAUGAUAAACACACACAAACACACACACACACACAGCACAACAAGUCAGUGGACACACACACACUAAAAUUAACUCAGAAAUUGUCAUUGAGAAGCACACUCACUUUCAUACACAUGUGCUGACUGGACGGUCCUGUCCUCCGGCAGAUGUUGGAGAGUCAUGGUCACAAGCGUUCGUCCAGUUGGGGCAGAACAUACUCCUUCAGCAGUGCCAUCAGCCGUGGCUGUCUCACUGAGGAACAGAACAGAGACAUCAAGGCUGGCAUCCAGCCCACCCUGCAGGUAUGUACGUGUAUGUACGUGUGUGUACGUGUGCAUGUGUGUGUUUGAGAGAGUGUGAGUGUGUCUUCUGUAUUUUAUAACCUCUUUGUUUUUACCUCUUACUGUGGCCAGCAAUGUGUUUGUAUCUCGUCAACCCUGACCAUAGUUUAUGUCAUUGCUCUUUCCCCAGGUGUUCCUGACCAACUCUGCCAACGUGUUUCUGCUAGAGCCGUGCCAGGACGUGCCCAAACUACUGGACAACCAGGUGGAGGUGUGCAAGGGGGUGCUGAGCAUCUACCGCCACAUGAUCAUGGAGCAAGCCAUGAACACACAGACAUGGUACAGCAGUCAGCACCUCAUACACGUACUGAUAUAAACUAAACAGUGCAACAGCUAUAUACUGUGUAUUGUGUACACCCACUGGUUUAAUGCAAUCAUUCUAAACCAAGCUGUUGCUUGUACCUGAACGACCGUAUUACCAGACAGACCUGGACAGUCCCACUGUGUUGUCUACUGAUCUACUGAUACACAAUGAUGGACCAUGAUGGACUAAUGCCCGCUGGGGUGUGUGUGUCUGGUGUGUGUGUCUGUGUGUGUCUGUGUGUGUGUAGGCAGCAGAUGCUACAGGUGCUGCUGAGGAUCACUGAGGCGGUGAUGAAGAGGCCUCAGGAGAACCAAAGAAAAGAGCCCUUCGCUGAGAGCCUGGCUGCCAUCCUCUUCAGGGUCAGUCUGUCUGGGGAUCGUCCUAUGGCUCCUAUAUCCUCUCUUACUGUUAAGAGAGUUGUUCUGAUACCUCUGUUAGAGGAAGUCCUACUAAGCUACUGGAAAUGGUUGUUGCCCAUGAUGCCUUAUUCAUUUAGUUAUUGCUUGCUUUUCUAAAGUCUACCAACCUUGCCAGCAGGCAUGCCAGCUAAGACAGUUAGACAAGCUAGCUACUCUAACUUGAUUGAUAGCCUAUAAUGAAAUGGCUUCUUGGGAGCUAGUUAUGAGAUUGGGAACAAUAUGGGCUAGCUAAAGCCAACUUCAUAAAAUUGGUAAGGGGCUACUAGUAUUACUGGGGAAAAACUCAAAUAUGUUAUUUUUUAAACAGUACAAAUCUGCCUCCUAUGGGUAAGAUUAAUGUUACAGCUAUAAUGGCUUGUUAGUUGUUAGUGUUUGGAUUCCAAGCCAAUGAGAACCAGCUGUCUGGCCAUGAUGAUUAAUGUGAUCUGUUUUGUGUGGCCAUGUAUAUCCUCCCCCAGACGAUCAUCGUGGCGUGGGUGCGGGCCAACCUGUGUGUGUUCAUCUCCCGGGAGCUGUGGGACGAGCUGCUGUCUGUGCUGUCGUCUCUGACAGGCUGGGAGGAGCUGCUGACAGAGUGGGCUAGCAUCAUGGAUUCUCUGACCACUGUCCUAGCCCGCUCCGUCUACGGCCUGGACAUGAGCAACCUGCCCCUGGACAAACUCAGCGAACAGAAGGAGAAGAAACAGAGGGGACGGGGUAAGGAGGCGGGGGGCGAGAGAGAUGGAUGGAGGGAGAGAGGGAGGGAGGGAGGGAGGGAGUGAAGGAGGGAUUUAUGCAGGGAUAGCGGGGGAUAAUGCAGUAUAAGCCUCAGUUCAGAUAAUAAAGCAGCAAUGGUAGAACUCAAGAUUCAGUUUCUCUUUUUUAUUUUGUAUUUAUAUUAUUUGUGUGUCGGUCUCUCUCUCUGUCUGUCACUCAGGAGUGGUCCAGGACUCCCAGAAGGCAGCAGCAGUGGCCAGGUCCUUCUCUCUGAGCUUGAGGACCCAGGGAGACCAGCAGGGGGUCCAGGAGCCCAUGAGGUUCCGCAGCGCUACCACGUCAGGGGCCCCCGGCGUGGAGAAGGCCCGCAACAAUGUCCGACAGAAAGCCACAGGUGAACACACACAUUCUACUAUAAUGAAGUUAAAUUUUGCCAGUGCCAAAUACAGAUCUGUUGAAUCCCUCUGACACUCCAGUGUUUGAUAGAGUUGCCACCCACACCAGCUGUAGACCAGACUCUCUAUAGACUCCACAAUGAGUCUAUAUUAAAGCAGGUCAUGUCAUGUGUGUGUUAGCCCAGGUGCUGGUGAAAGGCUCAACACUAAGCACAAAGGGACAGCAGAUAGUCUCCAUUCUUCCUGUCAGAUCAUUGGCCAAUGUCAACAUGUUUCUGUGUCAUUUCUGUGGCACACACACACAUCUGUUCAGUCCAGAUACAGUGAACAACAUCCACUUAUCUGAUGGAGAUUUCUCAGUCUAAUUAUCAGUUUAGCUUUCAGGCUAUCCAGAGCAGAGUGGAGAUGCGUUGUGCUUCCUCUUAACUAUCUACUCCGUAAUGUAGGAGGAUAAAAGAGUGAAGCUCCUCGCUUGUUUCCCCAUGCUCUCGCUCUGUCUCUCACUCACUCACUCACUCACUCACUCUCUUGCUCUCUCUCUGUGUCUGUCUCUCUCUGUGUCAGUCUCUCUGUCUCUCUCUCUCUGUGUCGGUCUCUCUCUCUCUGUGUCGGUCUCUCUGUCUCUCUCUCUCUGUCUCGCUCCGUAAUGACUGAUACCAUCUCUGCUCGCUGAAGAGCUUGUUGAGCCUGGAGCAGAUGUAGUUGAGCCUGAAGGACUCUUAGAAGCUUCCCGUCAGUAUGUGUGUGUGUUUGCGCGUGCGUGUGUGUGUGUGUGUGUGAGAAAGAGAGAGAAUACACACGUGCGUAUAUCUGCAUGCAGACAGAGACUGACAUGAAACACCACCGCCUCAAAUUCUUCCUUUUCUCUCGUCUAAUUGGAUUUCUCCCAAAUUGAUCUUCAAACAUCCCGAUAUCCCUCCUCCUCCACCCUCUUCUCCUUGAGAGAGAGCCCACACAUCAAUCCCCUGGCCGUUUUUGAUAGUUUCAUUAAGAGCGUAAUUAAUGCUCGUUAAUAUGCAUAAACGGGUAACAGUAGCGGUCUGUAGCAGAAACUAUGCUAUCUUCAAAUGAAAGAGUAAUUAAAGUGUGGUCUAAGCAGAGAAUGGAAUCAUCCUUAUCUUGCAAUGCUCCUCUCUCCUUUAAAUUAGGCCUGAAGUGCUGUCCACACACAAUACUCCAACGCCUUAUCUUUGAAAACUGUGAAAACUUGUGUAUACUCAUUUAUGCAAAUACGUGCUUGCCGAUGUUUUUCUGAUGAGCAUUUCCUGCGAAAGGGUAUUGAAAAUACUGGGAACUAAUUAAUAUAUUGCCCUAUUGACUGACUAUUACUCAUUCAAAACCAGUACCUAUUCUUAUUAUAGAAAUAAUGUACAAUACUGUCAUAUGUGCUAUACUGUACAUUCAUUGUAUCCCUAUCUACUUUAAAUGCUCUAGUGUCCCAGCCCUAUCUAGCUGCAUUUGCUUUUCUUUUUGUUAGAGUGUAUUCAAGGAGAUAACAUUAGAAAGUUGUAUGUGGAGGGAAGUAAGUUGCCUUUACUGGGAUGCGCUCAAAGCCAUUUGUAUUUGUCCUCUUCUGUCAUGUGCAUAGAGAACUAAUUAAACUGGUCUACAAACAAAAGGAACUAAUUGCAUUUAAAUUGCGUCUCUCAAAUGUAGAUAGGGACACAUUUUUAAAGAUUUUUAAUAAAAAAUGUGUAUUUUUAUGCAAUAACUAACCUCUUAAAGCGGUGUGUCUUUGUUUAGGUGACGAGCCCUCAAGUGUCAAAUUAACAUGAGAACCAGCCUCAGAUUUACCCUUUAACAUAUUCUAUUUAGGUUCUAUUUACACUGAAGUCUGUUAUUAGUUCUUAAUUUCCUGUCUCAGUAACUUCACUAUGCCUGUUCUUUCACUCUGUUGUUUCACUCUUCUUCACAGGCCUGAAGUUGUGAUGCACACGUAAAACUUUCUUACAUUUUCGAGCAAAUUGACAUUAAUGACAAUUCAAGUUACACCCACAGAUCUCAAAUUAGGAUUCAGCCCUUAGUGGAUUUUCUCUUCUUUAGUAGUAUUUUGCGUCGCUUCGUUUUUUUCGUACAAUUAUUAUUAUAUAAAAAAAAUAGCAGUUGUGUCCUGCUGAUAUUCUGCGUUGAAUGCUUUUAUUGACUUCUCUCUUCUCUCCCUCUCUCUCUCUCUCUCUCUCUCUCUCUCUCCUCUCUCUCUCUCUCUCUCUCUGUCUCUCUCUCUCUCGCGCUCUCUCUGUCUCUCUCUCUCUCGCGCUCUCUCUCUCUCUCUCUCUCUGUCUCUCUUCUGUGUCCCGUCUUCUGGGCUCGUUCUGUCUCCUCUCUUUUCUUCUCUCUUUUUCUCUUUCUCGUUUUCUCUCUCCGCCCCUCUUGUCCCCUUCCUUCUUUUCUCUCUCUUUAUGGCCCCUCUGUCCCCUUCUCUCUCUUUGUCUCUUUUCCUUUUUCCCCAUCCUGUCUUUUCUUCUCUGUCCCCUCUCUCUCUGCUCUGUUCUGUUUUCUCUCUCUCUUCUGUCUUCCUCUCUCUCUCGUUUUUCUCUCUCUCUCUUGUCUCUCUCUCUCUUUUCUCGGUUUUCUCUCUCCCGGUUCUUGUUUUCUUUUCUCUCUGUCUUUUUUGGGCUAAUUUUCUUUCUCUCUCUCUCGUCCUCUCUCUCUCUCUGUUUUCUUGUCUCUGUUUCUCUCUCGUCUCUCCUUCUCUUUUGUCUUUUUCUCUUCCCCUUCCCCUCUUGUCCCCUUUCUGUCUUCUCUUCUCUCCUCUCUCUCCCCCUCUCUCUCCUCUUCUUCUCUUCUCUGUCUCUUUUCCCCUUGGUUUUUGGGCUCUCUGCUCGGGCUCUGUUCUUGCUUGUCUUUGUCUCUUGUCUUGUUUUUCUGUUUGGGUUUUGUCUCUCUCUUCCUCUCUUCUCCUCUCUCUUGUCUCUCUCCUUCUCUCCUGUCUUCUCUCUUGUUCUCUCUCGGGCUCUCUCUCUGUCUUUCUCUGUUUUUCUCUCUGUUCUGCUCUCUCUCUGUCUCUUUUCCCCUCUGCCCUGUCUCUGGGCCUCUCUCUCUCUUUUCUCUCUCUGUUUUUCUUCUUGGUCUCUGUCUCUCUCUCUCCCCUCCUUCCCUUUUUUGGGUUUUUGGGUUUGGGGGGGGGCUUGUUUCGGGUCUGUUUUGUUUUCUCUCUAUAUGUCUCUUCUUUCUGUUUUUUCUCGUUCUCUCUCUUUUCUCUGUCUUCUCUCUCCUCCGGGCUCCUCUCUCUGUUUUCUCUGUCUUCGGUUUUCUGUUCUAUCUUCUAUGUUUUUUCUUUUAUAUCUGGCCUGUGGUUCUCUUUGUCUCUUCCCCCCUUUCCCCCCCUUUCCCCGUUCCCCUCAAGGGGGGCCCCCUCUUCUCUCUCUCUUCCUUUCUCUCUCCCUCCUCUCUCUCUCUCCUCUCGCUCUCUUUUCUCCUCUUCUCUUCUUGGGUGUGAUGGAAAGCUAAGCGAAGCCCAGUCUAUCAGCAACUGUGUCCAUUCUUUACGAGGCUUUGCCCGCUACUAAAAGCGUUCCUAUGCUGCUUCACACUGUGAGCUCUUUCUUGCCUGGUAUCUCCUCCUCUUCUGGUAACUCUUGCUCUCACAGGCUUUCAGGUAAAGUGUUCUGAGAGCUGUCUGUGUGGUGUCCUCCCACCUUCACCCUGUCUGUCUCUUCUGUCUGUCUGUCUGUCUGUCAGCCUGUCUGUCACUAUUAAUUUGCUGUCUCCAAUUCUCCUGUCAGUCCCUCACUGUUGUAUUAACACUAAGUGGAGUGGAAACCCUUGUUGUUUCUCACAGCUACUUACUGAAGUUUGGUUUGAAGUGGAUUGAAAGUAAAAAGGACGACUGUCUAAAGAAGAUUCUAUACUAGUCUGUUCUAAUGUAUGUUUUAAUGUUCAUAACUGUAUGUUCCUUUCCCAUCUCACUAUGUGGCUAUAACAAUGUAACCAUUUUAUCAUUUUAAGUUGUCAGAAUACUGUGUGGUAGAAAUGACCAGGUGUGUUGUGUAUGAGAUGAGUCUUGCCUGAUGCAUUGCUCUAACGCUCUGUCCUCUCCUCCCCCCCGGUCGUGGUGCUCAGACGUGGAGGAGGGCCAGCUGUCAGAGUGUGGGGGAGACGGAGAGCUGGAGGCUGGUGACAGCCCUCUACCACGCAGCAGCAGCACCUCCGACAUCACACAGCAACUGGCUGACACCUUCCCAGGUAGGGAUACAACAAUGGGUGCGUGAACACACACAGCAUGAGGGCAUGUUCUAACAAUGGGCAUUUUAGCUGCCCUAGUGGAGCUAUUUAGACUGAUGCUAACAAUGUAUCCGUCCAUACAGUGAUUUAUGUGCUUUGAAGCCUACAGGUUAUAACUCAUAUUUCUGAUGCUGCAUCUAGAGAUGUAGGGAUGAGACUAGAACCGUAUUUAUGACCACAACACACUGCUGUCUGCUAUGUGUGUGUGUGUCCAGUGUGAUUAACAGGCACUGUGUGACUUCCAGGCCAGAAGAGAGCGUACUCUCCCAACAACUCCUGUAGCUCCGAUGGCAGGACGUCAGAAGGGAGGAGAGACGGCGACCCACCAGUGGUGAGUCACACACCUGAUGCAAAAUCAAUGACCCUCGUAUUUCAGCAGGGCAUCUGUUGCAGUCUGAUAGAGGCAUCUCUGAAACACCCACUGAUGACUUCUCCCUCUGUGCUCCUAGAUUUUGAUCCGGCGGAGCAGCAGUCCGGCUGAGCUGGACUACCCUGUAGAGGGACACAACACCUACACAAGGCCGCAGCUCCAGGAGAAAAGUGAGAAUAUACAACCGUCUUUCAACCAUCUCAUACUUUGUCUCAAAACCAUAACAUUGACCCCUCUCUCCUUCGCUCCUCAGGCGAGAGUGUGAGCAGCGAGACGUCCAACGGCUACCUGAACAACGCUGACAGCAGCCUGCUGGCCUGGCAGGCGUUUGAGGAGGAGGCAGACUUCCAUUCAGCACAGAUAGGCAUCAUAGCAGACACAGAGAGCCAGAGGAACCUGCUGCUCAGCAACAAUGAGGCCCUGGCAGGUACUGUACUGGAUUGGCCUGGACAGGGGAGUUGGGUGGGAGGGGGUGCGUGCAGGGGUGGUUACAGGUCUGGGGAAGGUUUCUGGGGGGGAUUGAUGGUGGUUAAGGAGGCUUGGAGGGGAUUGGUUUAUAUUGGAUAAACACUGUACCCUCAGGUCCAGUAGAUUGGUAUUCUGUGAGGUUGUAUAAGUUGUCACGUUCACCUGAGGUGUGGGUCUGCCCGUGGGUAGUGAUUGGAUUUAUCUCAGAGCAGCUUGACCUUUCAGAGGAUUAGAAUAGCCUUCAUAGCCAGCCUCUGUCUGGGGGAAAGUGAUCUGCUCUACAGUACUGUAUCUUCUUCCCUGCCUGCCUGCCUGCCUGCCCUCCCUCACCCUGGCCACUGAAGCUCUGUACCACCUCGGAGAAAGAGAAAACGCUCCCUUUCUCUGCACCUCUAUCUAGCCUUGGACGUGUUCCGGUUUUACCACCUGCUCAGGGGUCUUUAUUUAGCAGGCAGCUGGACCCUUUGUUUUUUUAGCUGUGUUAGGUACAGUGGGGAAAAAAAGUAUUUAGUCAGUCACCAAUUGUGCAAGUUCUCCCACUUAAAAAGAUGAGAGAGGCCUGUAAUUUUCAUCAUAGGUACACGUCAACUAUGACAGACAAAAUGAGGAAAAAAAAUCAAGAAAAUCACAUUGUAGGAUUUUUAAUGAAUUUAUUUGCAAAUUAUGGUGGAAAAUAAGUAAUUGGUCAAUAACAAAAGUUUCUCAAUACUUUGUUAUAUACCCUUUGUUGGCAAUGACACAGGUCAAACGAUUUCUGUAAGUCUUCACAAGGUUUUCACACACUGUUGCUGUUAUUUUGGCCCAUUCCUCCAUGCAGAUCUCCUCUAGAGCAGUGAAGUUUUGGGGAUGUCGCUGGGCAACACGGACUUUCAACUCCCGCCAAAGAUUUUCUAUGGGGUUGAGAUCUGGAGACUGGCUAGGUCACUCCAGGACCUUGAAAUGCUUCUUAUGAAGCCACUCCUUCGUUGCCCGGGCGGUGUGUUUGGGAUCAUUGUCAUGCUGAAAGACCCAGCCACGUUUCAUCUUCAAUGCCCUUGCUGAUGGAAGGAGGUUUUCACUCAAAAUCUCACGAUAUAUGGUCCCAUUCAUUCUUUCCUUUACACGGAUCAGUCGUCCUGGUCCCUUUGCAGAAAAACAGCCCCAAAGCAUGAUGUUUCCACUCCCAUGCUUCACAGUAGGUAUGGUGUUCUUUGGAUGCAACUCAGCAUUCUUUGUCCUCCAAACACGACGAGUUGAGUUUUUACCAAAAAGUUAUAUUUUGGUUUCAUCUGACCAUAUGACAUUCUCCCAAUCCUCUUCUGGAUCAUCCAAAUGCACUCUAGCAAACUUCAGACGGGCCUGGACAUGUACUGGCUUAAGCAGGGGGACACGUCUGGCACUGCAGGAUUUGAGUCCCUGGCGGCGUAGUGUGUUACUGAUGGUAGGCUUUGUUACUUUGGUCCCAGCUCUCUGCAGGUCAUUCACUAGGCCCCCCUGUGUGGUUCUGGGAUUUUUGCUCACCGUUCUUGUGAUCAUUUUGACCCCACGGGGUGAGAUCUUGCGUGGAGCCCAAGAUCGAGGGAGAUUAUCGGUGGUCUUGUUUGUCUUCCAUUUCCUAAUAAUUGCUCUCACAGUUGAUUUCUUCAAACCAAGCUGCUUACCUAUUGCAGAUUCAGUCUUCCCAGCCUGGUGCAGGUCUACAAUUUUGUUUCUGGUGUCCUUUGACAGCUCUUUGGUCUUGGCCAUAGUGGAGUUUGGAGUGUGACUGUUUGAGGUUGUGGACAGGUGUCUUUUAUACUGAUAACAAGUUCAAACAGGUGCCAUUAAUGCAGGUAACGAGUGGAGGACAGAGGAGCCUCUUAAAUAAGAAGUUACAGGUCUGUGAGAGCCAGAAAUCUUUCUUGUUUGUAGGUGACCAAAUACGUAUUUUCCACCCUAAUUUGCAAAUAAAUUCAUUAAAAAUCCUACAAUGUGAUUUUCUGGAUUUUUUUUCCUCAAUUUGUCUGUCAUAGUUGACGUGUACCUAUGAUGAAAAUGACAGGCCUCUCUCAUCUUUUUAAGUGGGAGAACUUGCACAAUUGGUGGCUGACUAAAUACUUUUUUUCCCCACUGUAUUAGGUCAACGCCUCAUGGGUACAUAAAGAUGGAAUGGUUACCACUUACAUGUUCACUGGGCAACGUUAGGUGAGAGUCUCAUUGCUAUUAAGAAAUGUUAGUUAAAUCUUAGGUAAGUAUCUCAAAAUGUUAUUGUGGUUCAGUGGGUGAAUGCUCCCUUGAAGUACAUUUGAAUAUUUGGAGAACACCACUAUGGCUAAUAGCUAGCUGUCAAUUCUUGUCCAAUGAAAGAAAUGUAAGAAUACCUCAGCUGUAACCCCUGACCCUUAGUGUAACCCCCACCUUGUCUGUGUUGUCUGUACUCCUAAAUUGAUUAAUUGUGAAUUCACAGCCUCUGUCCUCUUGUCCCUGUGCUCCCCCAAGCUCCGCUGUCUCCUCGUUGUCCCCUUGUCUUGUUUUAGGUCCUGAGUGUGCCCUCUCUCCCCACUCUGCACCCCUGUCCCAGCACCAACACCACCAGCACCCCCCCGCCUCGCCAGCUUUGCUCGUGCAUCCUGAGUGCCCCCAGCUCCUGGAGGACACCAUGCAUCAGUCUGUGUUACACAUGCCUCAGGACCUGGGUACUGCUACUGUCCCUACUAUCCCCCCUACACACCCCCUUUUAGCCUGCCCAGCCCACCACCCUCUGUGUUGCACUGUUUAUCCUAUACCCAGCCCACACACUCAUCUGUGUUUGGCCGUUUGUGACUCUGGUAACUGGUCAAUCUCUGUGUUGAAUCACCUCAGUGUCUGGGGUGUGGACAGGCCUAGAGUUGUAGUGUUAUACAAUAGAGUUUAUACAGUAGUAAAUCAAAGUUUUCUCUCUCUUUCUCACUCUCUCUCGCUCUCCACUCUUCUCGCUCUCCUCUCUUCUCUCUCUCGCCCUCUCUGGCCUUGUAGACAGCAGUGAGUGUCUGACUGAUGAUGUCAGCAUCAUCGCAGGCGGGAGCCUGACAGGCUGGCACGCUGACUCAGCCUUUGUGCUCUGGAGGAGGAUUCUGGGUAUCCUGGGGGAUGUCAACAGCAUCCGCUGCCCCAGGAUCCACGCCAAGGUGUUCAGUUACCUCUACGACCUGUGGCACAAAUUGGCAAAGGUAAGCCCAGCCUCCAAACACUCUCAUCUGCCCAGAUGACAUGUCAUCUAUUCAGUCAUCUACAGUAAGUUUAUCUCAGUCAAUAUUUUGUUCUGUAGAUUUUCAAUCAGGCUAAUGUGGUAAUGCACUAAUUGCAGAUCCGGGACAACCUGGGCAUCAGUGUGGAUAACCAGUCGUCUCCUCCCCGGCCUGUCUUCAUCCCUCCUCUCAGAAUGCUGGCCUCCUGGCUCUUCAAGGUGAGUCAGCUGCUCAGAGGUCCACUGCCUCUACACACAUCACCCAACUAUCAAUGACAUGCAUGUGGCUCUCCCUCUGUCCUCCUCUCUCCCUCUCCCCCCCAGGCCACCAUGCUGCCAGCAGAGUUCAAGACGGGGAAGCUGCAGGCCUAUAAACUCAUCUGUGAGAUGAUGACUAAGAACCAGGACGUGCUGCCCAACAGUGACUUCCUGGUCCAUCUCUACCAAGUCAUGCACAAGGGCUUCACCAGCGAGGACCAGGUAACACAUGGACAUUUUUGCCAGACACUUUUAGUUUUAUCCUAAGCAGGUUUCAGUUAAUAAUACAUCUAUUCAGUAUGAGGGGUCCAUGUGAGACAGGUAUGGCCAAGAGGAAGCCUGACGAAGAUCCACAGGGGUCGAAACAUUGCCUCUUUAAAACCUAAACUGUGCUGUAAUUCUCCUGUUUUCAUGUGCUAUUCUAAGUAUCCUGUACUGUGUAUGUGGAAACAAGUUGUAGAUUCCUGUAACUAAGGCCAGAAGAGGGAGACAUUAUCAAACACAAGAGAAUGGGACCGCUCUGACAGUACAGCUUGGGUCUGUUGCGUUCUGUGGCUGUAGUUCCACUCAUAAACACUACAAGGAUUGAUUGCAAAAGAAAGUGGAGAGGUCUCAAGUAUUUACUGAUAAGUGGGACCAAAUAACACAUCAAGAGGGAUGGGCCUGAUUUCAUAUACGAAGGAAAGGUGCUCCUGAUCGGCAGUCAUAUGAAAACAAAAUGUUUUAUGUAUGUACAGUGAGGGAAAAAAGUAUUUGAUCCCCUGCUGAUUUUGUAUGUUUGCCCACUGACAAAGACAUGAUCAGUCUAUAAUUGUAAUGGUAGGUUUAUUUGAACAGUGAGAGACAGAAUAACAACAAAAAAAUCCAGAAAAACGCAUGUCAAAAAUGUUAUAAAUUGAUUUGCAUUUUAAUGAGGGAAAUAAGUAUUUGACCCCUCUGCAAAACAUGACUUAGUACUUGGUGGCAAAACCCUUGUUGGCAAUCACAGAGGUCAGACGUUUCUUCUAGUUGGCCACCAGGUUUGCACACAUCUCAGGAGGGAUUUUGUUCCACUCCUCUUUGCAGAUCUUCUCCAAGUCACUAAGGCUGACGUUUGGCAACUCGAACCUUCAGCUCCCUCCACAGAUUUUCUAUGGGAUUAAGGUCUGGAGACUGGCUAGGCCACUCCAGGACCUUAAUGUGCUUCUUCUUGAGCCACUCCUUUGUUGCCUUGGCCGUGUGUUUUGGAUCAUUGUCAUGCUGGAAUACCCAUCCACGACCCCUUUUCAAUGCCCUGGCUAAGGGAAGGAGGUUCUCACCCAAGAUUUGACGGUACAUGGCCCCGUCCAUCGUCCCUUUGAUGCGGUGAAGUUGUCCUGUCCCCUUAGCAGAAAAACACCCCCAAAGCAUAAUGUUUCCACCUCCAUGUUUGACUGUGGGGAUGGUGUUCUUGGGGUCAUAGGCAGCAUUCCUCCAACUCUAAACACAGUGAGUUGAGUUGAUGCCAAAGAGCUCGAUUUUGGUCUCAUCUGACCACAACACUUUCACCCAGUUCUCCUUUGAAUCAUUCAGAUGUUCAUUAGCAAACUUCAGACGGCCCUGUAUAUGUGCUUUCUUGAGCAGGGGGACUUUGCGGGCGCUGCAGGAUUUCAGCCCUUCACGGCGUAGUGUGUUACCAAUUGUUUUCUUGGUUACUAUGGUCCCAGCUGCCUUGAGAUCAUUGACAAGAUCCUCCCGUGUAGUUCUGGGCUGAUUCCUCACCGUUCUCAUGAUCAUUACAACUCCACAAAAUCUUGCAUGGAGCCCCAGGCCGAGGGAGAUUGACAGUUCUUUUGUGUUUCUUCCAUUUGCGAAUAAUCGCAUCAACUGUUGUCACCUUCUCACCAAGCUGCUUGGCGAUGGUCUUGUAGCCCAUUCCAGCCUCGUGUAGGUCUACAAUCUUGUCCCUGACAUCCUUGGAGAGCUCUUUGGUCUUGGCCAUGGUGGAGAGUUUGGAAUCUGAUUGAUUGCUUCUGUGGACAAGUGUCUUUUAUACAGGUAACAAGCUGAGAUUAGGAGCACUCCCUUUAAGAGUGUGCUCCUAAUCUCAGCUCAUUACCUGUAUAAAAGACACCUGGGAGCCAGAAAUCUUUCUGAUUGAGAGGGGGUCAAAUACUUAUUUCCCUCAUUAAAAUGCAAAUCAAUUUAUAACAUUUUUGACAUGCGUUUUUCUGGAUUUUUUUGUUGUUAUUCUGUCUCUCACUGUUCAAAUAAACCUACCAUUAAAAUUAUAGACUGAUCAUUUCUUUGUCAGUGGGCAAACGUACAAAAUCAGCAGGGGAUCAAAUACUUUUUUCCCUCACUGUUUAUGUCCUUUUGUAGUUUGUUAUGGUAGUUGCUUGUUUGUUUGCUUUUGUGUGUCCACUACACCGAGGUAGUGGCCUGAAGAGGGUGGGGUGUUCUGGGGAGGUGUGGUGGGUAGUCUGGGGGACCAUGAACAUUUAUCUCCCACUUCUCUAUUGUGGGAUGGUUAUUUGUAACGGCUGUCAAUGGUAUUACAUGCCUACAAGAAAUAAAUAAUAAUAAUACCCAAAAAUGAAAAAAUACCCCAAAAGAUGGCUCCUUGCAACAACAUUUUUUAUAUAUAAACGCAACAUGUAAAGUGUUGGUCCCAUUUUUCAUGAACUGAAAUAAAAUAACACAGAAAUGUUUAAUACGCACAUAAAGCUUAUUUCUCUCAAGUUCUGUGGCCAAAUUUGCUUAAAUCCCUGUUAGUGAGCAUUUCUCCUUUGCCAAGAUAAUCCAUCCACUUCACAGGUGUGGCAUAUCAAGAAGCUGAUUUAAACAGCAUGAUCAUUACACUGGUGCACCUUGUGCCGGGGACAAUAAAAGGCCACUCAAAAAUGUGCAGUUUUGUCACACAACACAAUGCCACAGAUGUCUCAAGUUUUGAGUGAGCGUGCAAUUGGCAUGCUGACUGCAGGAAUGUCCACCAGAGCUGUUGCCAGAGAAUUGAAUGUUAAUUUCUCUACCAAUGUCGUUUUAGAGAAUUUGUCAGUACGUCCAACCGGCCUCAAAACCACAAAUCACGUGUAUGGUGUUGUUUGGGCGAGCAGUUUGCUGAUGUCAACAUUGUGAACAGAGUUCCCCAUUGUGGGGUUAUGGUAGGGGCAGGCAUAAGCUACGGACAAUGAAUUGCAUUUUAUCGAUGGCAAUUUCAAUGCACAGAGAUACCGUGAUGAGAUCCUGAGGUCCAUUGUAGUGCCAUUCAUCCGCCACCAUCACCUCAUGUUUUAGCAAGAUAAUGAACAGCCCCAUGUUGCAAGGAUCUGUACACAAUUCCUGGAAGCUGAAAAUGUCCCAGUUCUUCAAUGGCCUGCGAUGUCACCCAUUGAGCAUGUUUGGGAUGUUCUGGAUCGACGUGUACAACAGCGUGUUCCAGUUCCCACCAAUAUCCAGCAACUUCGCACAGCCAUUGAAGAGGAGUGGAACAACAUUCCACAGGCCAUAAUCAACAGACUGAUCAACUCUAUGCGAAGGAGAUGUGUCGCGCUGCAUGAGGCAAAUGGUGGUCACACCAGAUACUGACUGGUUUUCUGAUCCAAGCCCCUACCUUUUUUUAAAGGUAUCUGUGACCAACAGAUGCAUAUCUGAAUUCCCAGUCAUGUGAAAUCCAUAGAUUUAGGUCCUAAUGAAUUUAUUUAAUUUGACUGAUUUCAUUAAAUGAACUGUAACUCAGUAAGAUCUUUGAAAUUGUUGCAUGUUGCGUUUGUAUAUUUUUUCAGUAUAAAAUAUUUGAAUAAUUUUAAUAUAAAAAGAUUGUUUAGUCCCUCAAAUGUGGGGGAGUGUAGGUGGGUUAAAAAACCUAAAAAUUAAAAAACACUAGAUGGGGCUAUAGUCAGACAUCAUAGCUUUGUUGCAUUGUCCUUUCGAUACAGGAGCAGCAUGAUGCAAUACACUGUCGCUGGUACAUAGCACAUGCUUAUUGUCAUGUCUUGUCAUGUGUUGACAUAGGUCCUGCUGAUGAUGACAUAUUGCUUAUGCAUUACCUUUACCCCUCUGACUAGUUCUGGACUAGCUAAGGUAAAUGUGAGGAAAGUUGAUGAAGCUGGUGAAGUAAUAUAUUGUGCAUAGGUAAGGGUCAUGGGUUCACGCCAGUGUAGUCUUGUGUUUUCUAGGCCUCUGCUCAGCUGUCAACUGGAUAUCUCCAGACCUCUCUCUCUGUCUCCUCCUGCCAACCGGUGGUGGUGAUGAUUGCACACUGUUUUGGCAUGUUGUCUCCUCUCACUCCAGCAUGGUUCUCCUCUAUCUAGCCACACCCUGCCUCCCUGCCUGCCGGGUUAGCUGGCUGGCUGCUCUUCACGUUAGGCUGUGGUCCAGUCCAGCCAGCCCAGCCUGCUGAGUAGGGAUAAAACAGGAGCCGGCAAAAAACAAAGACAGGAGAGGAGAGGGAGAGAGUUGGAAAGAGAUUGAAAGGGGGAAAAACUGUAAAUAAAUUGUUUUGUUGUGUGUGUGUGUGCAUGUGUGUGUGUGUGUCUGCAUGUGUGUGUGUGUGUAUGUGUGUCCUCUGCCCACGGGUUUAUAUUGCGCCUUGGCAGCACGACAAGCUUAUUAGAAUGUUUUCCAUGUCAUUAAAUAAUGUUUGAGCUCCUGCCGUGUGUAUGUGAUUAAUUAAGGACUGACGUCUGUCGUGCUCCGUAAGUGACACGUUGGCUGGGGCUGGAGAGGACCGGGAGGGAGAGACUGGGGAGGAAAGGGGGCUCCCGGGGAAUGCGCUGUGGAGAAAUGAGGGGGCCGGCACAGAGGGACAGCGUGGCAUUCUCCAGCUUUUGUUGUGCCUAAAUAUAAUAUGGGGCCGGGCCGCCAGUGCUGAGCUGGCUGGGCGCUGGAGCGUGUUCAAAUUGGCCAGAGAAAGAGUCCUCACGCCACACAAUGGAGGGACAGCCCAGCCACACGCCUGCUUUACAUAAGAAUGUGCCUCUUACUACGUCCCCAUCCCCUCCUUCUUCCUCUGUCCCCUCUAUCCACCCUCCCUGCAGUAUCCCUCCCAAAUCUAGCGUUCUUCUCUCUUUAGUCUACUCUGUCCCACUCAGAUUCUCCAUAUAUAUUUUUCCCCAUUUCUUUGUCUUUUUACUGGUCUGUCUAGUCUUGAAAAAAACUCUGAUUAUACAAUAUUAUACAAAUAUAACAUGACAGGGUUUUUUCACUAAAAAGGAGGGGCUAUGAAGGAGGGUACAUCCUCUCCACCCGGCUGCCAAUGUAACUGGUAUUGUCCAGUCUCUCUCUCUCUCUCUCUCUCUGUCUCUAUCUCUGUCUGUCUGUCUACCGAGCCUGCAGUGGCAUUACCUUGGCCUUGCACAAUGGCAGUCAUCUAUUUAAUAAGAGUGCUGUUCAGCCUACUGAAAAGUUGUUGCUUGUGGAUUAAAUGUGCCUUCUAGUGUGCUGAGUGUGAGCCUGUCAUUAAACAUCUCUCUAACACCUGCUCUCCCUGUGCAAAACCAUCAGUUUCUUUUUUCACCUCAAUUUAUCAGUGAAGAGAAACAGGGAUUGUUUAAUCUGUGUAACGGAUGCCUGUGGAGAGAGAGGGAAAGUGUGACAGUUGAGUUCUGCUGCGGUUCAAAACCCAGUGGCUUAGUUAAUGAUUAAACCCUCCAAAAGCACCUCUAGACCUUGACACAUAGCCAUACAGAUGGGCUCUACCUAUUAACAUGUCUAGCCUGGACUGGGAAAACCCCAUUUUACAAACUUGUUCUGUGAUAAGAACUGAUAGUAGUGCCAUGAUGUCAAUAACGACCAGUAAAUGGGGAAAUAUUUCAUUCCAUGUAAGAAACAUAAUAUAAAGACUGAGGCUCAUUCCCUGUGGGUUGUGUGCCUACCAAACACGGCAGAAUGAAAGGGUUAAGAAGCCUCCUGUCAGGCUUGUAUUAAUGCACCUUUUAUUGAACAGAGCAGAGUAGGCCAAUCCUACUGCCAACCCUCAGCCCCACCACACGCACGCAGCAGGGCUCAAUUCCCAUCUCUACUACCACACACUAAUUUCACAUCCAGCUCCCUCUACUUACAGGCAGAAUGGAAAUGCUUUGUAGGUUUGUCGCUUCCCCUAAAAUGCAAAUGUCUGGCGAUCAGCCGACAUUACGCCUCUCAGAGGUCAAUUACAGCAGAAAUUAGGGGAAAAUGGGCCUCCAAGCCCAACGCUCCAAACCAAUUUUCGUCUUCUGCCGACACGCUAUGUUUUGACUUGUUCCUUAUUGCCUGCGUGUUUUUAUAUUCCUCUUUUGUUUCCCCACUCUGUGUUUACAAAGGCUUCAUUUGAGGGGAUUAAUGUAGUGGGUGGGUUGGAAGGCGCAGAACAGAGUAGGGGUGGAGGAGGAGGAGUGUGUCGGGUGUUUGCUGAGGUGUACUGGGGUUUAGUACUCAGGGAGACACCGGGCCGCUGUUUGAACGACCUGAUUUACACACGUUUACAGCUAUCCAGAAGGCAGGUGUUCCCGGCCUGGACCUUGGCUGUGUACACACGCAGACACACACACACAGUUAAGCAAACCCCCCCGCCCUUAUGUAGUUCUAUUACAUUCUUAUCGCAAGAAUAUCAGUUCACUCCUGACAUUUAAGGCAAUAUGAGGUCAUCCACGGCAACCUAUUUCAGUUCAUUAUUAGACACAGUACUUUAUUAAAAUGCCCAACCCAAUGCAUGUUUUCAGUAUACUGUACCUUUCUAGCCAUCAGGGUGAUGAGAUGACCAUUGUUAUUGUGGAGCGGUACUUUCUGCCCACGUAUACUUAAAUCCCUCUUCAAUACUCUCUUUAAUACUGUGUGUGUGUGUGUGGUACUUUUGUUCCACCAUUCCCCCUCCCUUGUGCUGUGUGAUCAACCCAUGUGCUGUCUCUUUCUCCCAUUCCUCUCUCUUUUUCUCCAUCCCUCGUCCUCAUUUCUGUUUUUGUAAGAUAUGGACUGUGAAAUGCUGUGCUCUCCUGAGUGCGCUGUUGUCAUAUUUGUAGCAAUUUGGGAAGCACUACUAUGCUAUCAUUAUUUUCCAGAGCUCAGUGACUGUCCAUUCCCCAAAAUACACGUAUCAGAAUACCAGAGAUACAUGCCACCUACUUACAAAAGAUAUGGCUCUAUGUUUAUUUUAAUGAUCAUUCAAUCAAUCCAUUGACCUAACCACCAUGACCAUCUGUGUGGUGUGUGUGUUCGCUCUCAGGACGUUCUAAACACAGUGAUCCGUUCCUGUUCCCCACGCUUCUUCUACCUGGGCCUGCCUGGCUUCACUAUGCUGGUGGGAGACUUCAUUACCGCUGCAGCACGCAUCCUCAGCCACGACUCCUCAGAGGUACGCAGGUCUGCACAAACAGACGCAGACACACACAUAGACAGGCAGGCAGGCUUACAUCAAAUGUGACGCAAUAUGUAAUCCAAUGUAUUUAGGGUCGUUAAACCUAUUCUACUAUACUUCAUUCUGAAGUUCAGAUUAGUGUGUUGAAUGUACUACACAGUAUUCAACUCAAUGGAAACAUAUUCAGUGAGUUAAACAACAUAAUGCUGCCGCUCCUGGAGGACUUUCUCCUGGAUGCUUUUCUCCUGAAGGCUUUUCCUUCAAGAUGAAUGUUUCAUGCAACAUAAUCAGAGUUCUGUAGUGAUGAGAUGACGAAUGUGUGUUAUUUUAAUCUGAAAGGCUCCGAGGAUUGACGCACAGACCGUCCUUGGGUCGCUGGUCUGUUUACCCAACCUCUACCUGCAGAUUCCACUACUGCAGACCGUUCCCGGAACUGAUGACAUUGUUGUCGGGAACGAGGACAUCAAGGUAUUCAUAGUUCUUACAUGUACUUUGACAUUUUAGUAAAUAUUCAGACAGCAAACAAAUAAAAAAAAUUGGAUAGCAGUUCCCUGUAGUUAGAGUUCAAGUAUCUUGAUUAAUAAAAUGGAAAGUUUGGAUGGUAUGUGAAGUGGAUUGAACAUCAUCAUGUCUCCUCUACCCUCUCCCUUCAGGACUAUCUGGUCAACAUCUUACUGAAGACGGCACGGAAUGAACCCUGUGAAGCGGCCAGGUAUGGAGGGGAUGGGGGUGCAGAAGAAAGGAACAGUCGUGUGGAGGGAAUGGGAUUGAUUGGAUUGAGUGGAUUAAUGUUCAUAUUUCAUAUGAACAAAUAUAAAAUAUUUGAUGAAUUUGUGUAAUGUAAGAAGAAAAUAAAAAGGGGGUAAUGCAAUGGCGCCGGAGGGGAUGGCUGACGUUUUAUGGGCUCUUAACCAACCGUGCUAUUUUGUGUGUUUCUUCGCAUUGUUUGUAAAUUAUUUUGUACAUAAAGUUGCUGCUACCGUCUCUUAUGACCGAAAAUAGCUUCUGGACAUCAGAACAGCGAUCGCUCACCUUGAACUGGACGAAUAAUUUUUAUUUUAUGAGUCGGACGAGAGGGAUUUGCUCCAGACACCCGACAGGGCCCUCAUCCCCGUCAUUCGCAGUAGAAAGAAAAGGAGAUAUCGCGGAAGGAGAUCCGGGUGCUUGGUAAGGAGCCGGCAACAAGUGGCUAAUCUGCCUUUGCCAUCAAUACUAUUGGCCAAUUUACAAUCGCUUGAUAAUAAAGUGGACGAACUACAAGCACGUACAGUUGAAGUCGGAAGUUUACAUACACUUAGGUUGGAAUCAUUAAAACUCGUUUUUCAACCACUCCACAAAUUUCUUGUUAACAAAUUAUAGUUUUGGCAAGUCGGUUAGGACAUCUACUUUGUGCAUGACACAAGUAAUUUUUCCAACAAUUGUUUACAGACAGAUUAUUUAACUUAUAAUUCACUGUAUCACAAUUCCAGUGGGUCAGAAGUUUACAUACACUAAGUUGACUGUGCCUUUAAACAGCUUGGAAAAUUCCAGAAAAUGAUGUCAUGGCUUUAGAAGCGUCUGAUAGGCUAAUUGACAUCAUUUGAGUCAAUUGGAGGUGUACCUGUGGAUGUAUUUCAAGGCCUACCUUCAAACUCUGUGCCUUUUUGCUUGACAUCAUGGGGAAAUCAAAAGAAAUCAGCCAAGACCUCAAAAACAUUAUUGUAGACCUCCACAAAUCUGGUUCAUCCUUGGGAGCAAUUUCCAAAAGCCUGAAGGUACCACGUUCAUCUGUACAAACAAUAGUUUGCAAGUAUAAACACCAUGGUACCACGCAGCCUUCAUACCGCUCAUGAAGGAGACGCGUUCUGUCUCCUAGAAAUGAACAUACUUUGGUGCGAAAAGUGCAAAUCAAUCCCAGAACAACAGCAAAGGACCUUGUGAAGAUGCUGGAGGAAACAGGUACAAAAGUGUCUAUAUCCACAGUAAAACGAGUCCUAUAUCGACAUAACCUGAAAGGCUGUUCAGCAUGGAAGAAGCCACUGCUCCAAAACCGCCAUAAAAAAAGCCAGACUACGGUUUGCAACUGCACAUGGGGACAAAGAUUGUACUUUUUGGAGAAAUGUCCUCUGUUUGACCAUCGUUAUAUUUGGAGGAAAAAGGGAGGACUUGCAAGCCAAAGAACACCGUCCCAACCGUGAAGCACGGGGGUGGCAGCAUCAUGCUGUGGGGGUGCUUUGCUGCAGGAGGGACUGGUGCACUUCACAAAAUAGAUGGCAUCAUGAGGAAGGAAAAUUAUGUGGAUAUAUUGAAGCAACAUCUCAAGACAUCAGUCAGGAAGUUGAAGCUUGGUCGCAAAUGGGUCUUCCAAAUGGACAACGACCCCAAGCAUACUUCCAAAGUUGUGGCAAAAUGGCUUAAGGACAACAAAAUCAAGGUAUUGGAGUGGCCAUCACAAAGCCCUGACCUCAAUCCUAUAGGAAAUUUGUGGGCAGAACUGAAAAAGUGUGUGCGAGCGAGGCCUACAAACCUGACUCAGUUACACCAGCUCUGUCAGGAGGAAUGGGCCAAAAUUCACCCAACUUAUUGUGGGAAGCUUGUGGAAGGCUACCCAAAACGUUUGACCCAAGUUUAAACAAUUUAAAGGCAAUGCUACCAAAUACUAAUUGAGUGUAUGUAAACUUCUGACCCACUGAUAAUGUGAUGAAAUAAAUAAAAGCUGAAAUAAAUACAUCUCUCUACUAUUAUUCUGACCUUUCACAUUCUUAAAAUAAAGUGGUGAUCCUAACUGACCUAAGACAGGGAAUUUUUACUAGGAUUAAAUGUCAGGAAUUGUAUAAAACUGAGUUUAAAUGUAUUUGGCUAAGGUGUAUGUAAACUUCCGACUUCAGCUGUAUAUCCUACCAACGGGACAUUAAAAACUGAGUCGUGGCUGAACGAAGACAUGAAUAACGGGUUAUACACUGUAUCGUCAGGAUAGAACAGCAGCCUCUGUUAAGACAAGGGAUGGCGGUCUAUGUAUAUUUGUAAACAACAGCUGGUGCAAUAUAUCUAAGGAAGUCUCAAGGUUUUGCUCGCCUGAGGUAGAGUAUCUCAUGAUAAGCUGUAGACCACAUUAUCUACCAAGAGAGUUUUCAUCUAUAUUCUUCGUAGCUGUCUAUUUACCACCAUAAACCAAUGCUGGCACUAAGACCUCACUCAAUGAACUGUAUACGGCCAUAAGCAAACAGGAAAACGCUCAUCCAUAGGCGGCGCUCCUAGUGGCCGGGGACUUUAAUGCAGGGAAACUUAAAUCAGUUUUUACCUCAUUUCUACUAGCAUGUUAAAUGUGCAACCAGAGGGGAAAAAAAACUAGAGGCCACCUUUACUCCACACACAGAGACACGUACAAAGCUCUCCCUCUUCCUCCAUUUGGCAAAUCUGACCAUAAUUCUAUCCUCCUGAUUCCUGCUUACAAGCAAAAACUAAAGCAGGAAGCACCAGUGACUCAGUCAAUAAAAAAGUGGUCAGAUGAAGCAGAUGCUAAGCUACAGGACCGUUUUUCUAGCACAGACUGGGAUCUUCCGAUGGCAUUGAGGAGUACACCACAUCAGUCACUGGCUUCAUCAAUAAGUGACGUCGUUCCCACAGUGACUGUACAUACAUACCCCAACCAGAAGCCAUGGAUCCCAGGUAACAUCCACACUGAGCUAAAGGGUAGAGCUGCCGCUUUCAAGGAGCGGGACUCUAACCCGGAAGCUUAUAAGAAAUCCCGCUAUGCCCUCCGACGAUCCAUUAAACAGGCAAAGCGUCAAUACAGGACUAAGAUCGAAUCGUACUACACCGGCUCCGACGCUUGUCGGAUGUGGCAGGGCUUGCAAACUAUUACAGCCUACAAAGGGAAGCACAGCCGCGAGCUGCCCAGUGACACGAGCCUACCAGACGAGCUAAAUUACUUCUAUGCUCGCUUCGAGGCAAGUAACACUGAAACAUGCAUGAGAGCAUCAGCUGUUCCGGACGACUGUGUGAUCACGCUCUCCGUAGCCGAUGUGAGUAAGACCUUUUAAACAGGUCAACAUUCACAAGGCCGCAGGGCCAGACGGAUUACCAGGAAGUGUACUCCGAGCAUGCGCUGACCAACUGGCAAGUGUCUUCACUGACAUUUUCAACCUCUCCCUGUCUGAGUCUGUAAUACCAACAUGUUUCAAGCAGACCACCAUAGUCCCUGUGCCCAAGAACACUAAGGUAACCUGCCUAAAUGACUACCGAUCCGUAGCACUCACGUCUGUAGCCAUGAAGUGCUUUGAAAGGCUGGUCAUGGCUCACAUCAACACCAUUAUCCCAGAAACAGAUGCACAGAUGAUGCAAUUUAUAUUGUGCUCCACACUGCCCUUUCACACCUGGACAAAAGGAACACCAAUGUGAGAAUGCUAUUCAUUGACUACAGCUCAAUGUUCAAAACCAUACUGCCUUCAAAGCUCAUCACUAAGCUAAGGACCCUGGGACUAAACACCUCCCUCUACAACUGGAUCCUGGACUUCCUGACAGGCUGCCCCCAGGUGGUAAAGGUAGGUAACAACACAUCCGCCACGCUGAUCCUCAACACCAGGACCAGGACAACAACCUCUCCCUCCACGUGAUCAAGACAAAGGAGAUGAUGGUUGUGGACUACAGGAAAAAGAAAAGGACCGAGCACGCCCCCAUUCUCAUUGACGGGGCUGUAGUGGAGCAGGUUGAGAGCUUCAAGUUCCUUGGUGUCCACAUCACCAAUAAACUAACAUGGUCCAAGCACACCAAGACAGUCAUGAAGAGGGCACAACAAAACCUAUUCCCCCUAAGGAGACUGAAAAGAUUUGGCAUGGGUCCUCAGAUUCUCAAAAGGUUGUACAGCUGCACCAUCGAGAGCAUCCUGACUGGUUGCAUCACUGCCUGGUAUGGCAACUGCUCGGCCUCCGACCGCAAGGCACUACAGAGGGUAGUGCGUACGGCCCAGUACAUCACUGGGGCCAAGCUUCCUGCCAUCCAGGACCUCUAUACCAGGCAGUGUCAGAGGAAGGCCCUAAAAAUUGUCAAAGACUCCAACCACCCUAGUCAUAGACUGUUCUCUCUGCUACCGCACGGCAAGCGGUACCGGAGCGCCAAGUCUAUGUCCAAGAGGCUUCUAAACAGCUUCUACCCCCAAGCCAUAAGACUCCUGAACAUCUAAUCAAAUGGCUACCCAGACUAUUUGCAUUGCCCCCCCCCCCCCCCCCCCCCCCCUUUACGCUGCUGCUACUCUCUGUUUAUUAUCUAUGCAUAGUCACUUAUCUAUGCCCCGCACAUUGACUCGGUACCAGUACCCCCUGUAUAUAGCCUCGCUAUUGUUAUUUUUACUGCUGCUCUUAAAUUAUUUGUUACUUUUAUUUCGUAUUAUUUUAUUUAGUAAUGGUAUUCUUCUCAAAACUGCAUUGUUGGUUAAGGGCUUGUAAGUAAGCAUUUCACUGUAAGGUCUACACCUGCGCAUGUGACAAAUAACAUUUGAUUUGAUUGGAAUUUCAGAGAUACAACAUGAGUAAGUAUGUAAUUGGUCCCAUAGCGUGCAUCAGUAUUCUCUCACUGGUCUUCUGUGUGUUCUAGGUAUAUAGCUGUAUGUAGUCUGGGCCUGUGGGUAUGUGAGGAGCUGAUGCAGAACAAUAUUCACCACCAGGUCAAGGAUGCCAUCAAUGUACUGGGCGUAACACUAAAGGUGAGUGUGUUGUUGCAUCAGCAUCUAUGUGAGUGACAACGUGCUCAGUGGUGUGACUCCUGUAUGUUUUUGAAGACCUCUGCUCCCCUGUCUAUCAGUGGAAAUAUGCAGAGAGAACCUGAGGGUUUUGGGAAAAGAGCUCGGGGCGGUGGAGUAAUUUCCAGACCACUCGCUCUCAGUGGAUGCAGGCCAAUUUAAGCAUUUAAGUUUCUUACUAGUGCAAUACCCCCCUCUAAUGGAGCAGUAAUCACUCCCCUGCCCAACUUGACACACACACCCGGCUGGCCCAAAAUAAAGGGGAUGAGGGAGGGGUGCUUUUCUAAAAGCAGGUGCUGAACGCUCUGGAUCAGUCUUUGUGUUGGGCCAUUUUUGCUCUCCUGCAUUGUCUGCUCUUGUUACAUUCAGCUAGAAAACAGGCGAAAUUCCAGAUCACCUUUUUUAACAACACAGCUGUGUCUGCCAAUCAGUCCAUAAAUAAACUGUAGUUUGAAAGAAAGUUAUUUGCAGAACCAAGACAUUUUCAUAAAUGUUUCUGUUAUGCCAGAGGUCCCCAUAAUAGUUUUAUACAACCACUCAUCCUACUACGUUGUUGACUUCGCAGAAGACGAACCCUGAUCUCUCGUUUACUGUCCUCGCUCUCUCACUCUCUCUUGCUCGCUUGUCAGUUUGGGAACAAGGCCGUGGCUCAGGUAGCCUGUGACCUGUUCCAGCUCCUCAUCUCUCACUGGGAACACCUCCAGAGGCUAGAGCGCUCUCUCCCAAAGAAGAUCAUUGAGGUAGGAUGACACCGCUCCCCCUCAGCUCACCUAACCAUCUCCUAUUAUGGGACAUGCUAUCUUCUUUCACUUGAGAAAUACAUGUCAUCGAAGUGUUCCUUUAUUUUUGUACCAUGCAGAUCUUUGUGGCCACUAUAGCAUUUCUGUUGCCGAGCGCAGAGCACUCGACGGUGGAGGCUGACAAAAAGGUACGGGGAAGUUGAAAAGAGCAUAAAAUGGCUGAAGUCUGAAGGACCCUUUUUCGAUAGAUGUAGCGAGGGAAUUUGUACAGGAAUCUUGUUUUGUCUGGACCCUAUUUGUGUCUCUCCCUUCCUGAUUUCUAUCUCAUUUUCUCUCUCCUUUUCUCUCUCUUUUUCUCCCUCCAGCCCUCCCUCUCUGUCCCUCUCUCCCUACCUCAUCCCUCUCCCUAGCUGUUUUAUUGAUUAUCUUUGCGUACAGUAGGCUUCAUUGUGUGUGGAGGGUGCUGGGCUAAUGGAAAAGGCCUCUCCUCUCUUUGUAUGACUCAGCUAAUGGUAUCUCUGCUGCUGUGCCUGCUGGACUGGUGCAUGGCCAUGCCCCUGAGUAUGCUGCUGGAGCCCAUCAGCAUGCCCGUGCUGGAGGACCCCACAUCCCACAAGGCCCCUCUGCUCGACUAUAUCUACAGGGUGGGUAACAUAGAGAGAAUACAGUGUCAAAGUAAUUUGUCUUACCCCAACCACAGCCCUAUUCAGAUGCCCUAUUCAGCAUUUAAAGUUUGUUCUAUGCCUAUGCCGCCUUGGAAAUUCAGUUUCCAAUUUUUGUUUCCAGUUUCUACUGUUAUGUGAGAAUGUCCACCUAACCACCCCACCUGUUUGGUAAAACACAUGUAAUACCCAAAAACAUUCAUUUAUAACCCUUAUUUAGCGAGAAGAGGCUGAGCAUCAGGCUAAAUUAAUGUGGUGUUAUUCAUUGGAGUUUUGACAGAUGCGGUCAAAGACAAUCCUUUAUAUGGAUGUCACCCCUGAUAAGAAAUUGUCAAAUUAUGUAGAUGUGUCUUUGUCCUUGUGAUAAGCCUGGAUAUAAAAGCCUGUCUGGAUUUGAGUUUAAUAUUUCUUAAAAUGAGAGAGACUGCAGCUGCUAUCUAGGAAUUAAAUAAAUGUCAUUUGUUGUUCUAUUGUGCACAUAACAGUAAAGUGUCUCUUAAUUUCAUCAUAGGUAAAUAAGCGUUACCCUGACCUUAGUGAAAUGCUUGUCCUCUUGUUUUCAGAUAUACAAUGUGAGGAGCAACAUAUUUGGACAAUAUUAACGUAAUAAAACCAGAGAAUAUCACAAACACACUAAAUACACGUCUCUACUGGUCUCCAAUACAAAAUGGACUUCAAACUGUACUCACAACAAAACGCUUUCUUUAAAAUAUCCUUCAUAAGGCUAUUCAAUACUCAGUCUUUUCAGCUAGGCACUCAUUUACAGUUGAAGUCGGAAGUUUACAUACACUUAGGUUGGAGUCAUUAAAACCCAUGUUUCAACCCCUCCACAAAUUUCUUGUUAACAAACUAUAGUUUUGGCAAGCGGUUAGGACAUCUACUUUGUGCAUGACACAAGUAAUUUUUCCAACAAUUGUUUACAGACAGAUUAUUUCACUUAUAAUUCACUGUAUCACAAUUCCAGUGGGUCAGAAGUUUACAUACACUAAGUUGACUGUGCCUUUAAACAGCUUGGAAAAUUCCAGAAAAUGAUGUCAUGGCUUUAGAAGCUUCUGAUAGGCUAAUUGACAUCAUUUGAGUCAAUUGGAUGUAUUUCAAGGCCUACCUUCAAACGCAGUGCCUCUUUGCUUGACAUCAUGGGAAAAUCAAAAGAAAUCAGCCAAGACCUCAGAAAAACAAUUGUAGACCUCCACAAAUCUGGUUCAUCCUUGGGAGCAAUUCCCAAACGCCUGAAGGUACCACGUUCAUCUGUACAAACAAUAGUUUGCAAGUAUAAACACCAUGGUACCACGCAGCCUUCAUACCGCUCAGGAAGGAGACGCGUUCUGUCUCCUAGAGAUUAACAUACUUUGGUGCGAAAAGUGCAGAUCAAUCCCAGAACAACAGCAAAAGGACCUAGUGAAGAUGCUGGAGGAAACAGGUACAAAAUUAUCUAUAUCCACAGUAAACCGAGUCCUAUAUCGACAUAACCUGAAAGGCCGCUCAGCAAGGAAGAAGCCACUGCUCCAAAACCGCCAUAAAAAAGCCAGACUACGGUUUGCAACUGCACAUGGGGACAAAGAUCAGAAUUUUUUGAGAAAUGUCCUCUGGUCUUAUGAACAAAAAUAGCACUGUUUGGCCAUAAUGACCAUCGUUAUGUUUGGAGGAAAAGGGGGGUACCUUGCAAGCCGAAGAACACCAUCCCAACCGUGAAGCACAGGUGUGGCAGCAUCAUGCUGUGGCGGUGCUUUGCUGCAGGAGGGACUGGUGCACUUCACAAAAUAGAUGGCAUCAUGAGGAAGGAAAAUGAUGUGGAUAUAUUGAAGCAACAUCUCAAGACAUCAGUCAGGAAGUUGAAGCUUGGUCGCAAAUGGGUCUUCCAAAUGGACAAUGACCCCAAGCAUACUUCCAGAGUUGUGUCAAAAUGGCUUAAGGACAACAAAGUCAAGGUAUUGGAGUGGCCAUCACAAAGCCCUGACCUCAAUCCUAUAGAAAAUGUGUGGGCAGAACUGAAAAGGCGUGUGCGAGCAAGGAGGCCUACAAACCUGACUCAGUUACACCAGCUCUGUCAGGAGGAAUGGGCCAAAAUUCACCCAACUUAUUGUGGGAAGCUUGUGGAAGGCUACCCAAAACGUUUGACCCAAGUUAAACAAUUUAAAGGCAAUGCUAUCAAUUACUAAUUGAGUGGAUGUAAACUUCUGACCCACUGGGAAUGUGAUGUAAGAAAUAAAAGCUGAAAUAAAUCUCUCUACUAUUAUUCUGACAUUUCACAAUCUUAAAAUAAAGUGGUGAUUCUAACUGACCUAAGACAGGGACAUUUUACUAGGAUUAAAUGUCAGGAAUUGUGAAAAACUGAGUUUAAAUGUAUUUGGCUAAGGUGUAUGUAAACUUCCGACAUCAACUGUACAUAGCAGUAAACCUCACAAAAUGAAUAAAGCGAUUUGUCUUGUUUAUGCAUACUUUAUUCUGCCUCUCUUCUGGAUAUGUAUUAGAUGUUUAUCUUAACAAAUCAGUCAGCAGAUUAAAUUUAAGUGAGCCAUUCAUACGAUGAUGAAGAACGAUGGGACAUUUCUGCAUCUCUACUGAGGAUUUGAACUUGGUAUUUGUAUCUAACAGCAUGAGGCUUCUCUGUGUAAAAGGCAUGAUUGCUCUGGACCUUAUUGGUUCACUGGAGCUCCACUCUGGCUCCUCCAUCUGCUCUCUGCCUGCCUCAGCAGCUGCACCCUCCCCUCGCUGUGUGUGUGUGCGUGCGCGUGCGUGAGUGGUCUAUUUGCUUGUGUGUAUGUUUUUGUGCAUCUGUGAGUGAGUGUACAUAUGUGCCUCUGUGCACAUCUACACAUAUCCAUGUUUGGUCGGUUGUGUGUUACCUUCCUGGAACUGUUGCUAUGCGAGGUGCAGCCACUUAGUCGUCAAGCAAGCCAAAGCUUUUUUUCUCCUCCACAGAGGAACCACUUUGGGGCUUUGGUGUGGCAGCUGUUUGGUUCUGGUCUUUUCUCCAUAAACUCUAAUCCCCCCCCCCCAUGCCCAGAGGACUGUUAGGCAUAAUAAUCCACAUACUGUCUGCAUUUCCCCACACAAUACUGUUUCAGAUGACAGAACCUGUGCCUCUCCUCUGAGCCUCAGCCAAGUGUGCAUAUGUCUGUUGAAUGGGAUUAACCAUUCAUUUACAUGGACCAGCCUCCACAAUGGGUUUACCAAGUCUACCCACUCAGUGUGAUAGGCCCCACAGUUUGCUUUUGUCUGGUAUGUCAGGCGUAGCUUCCAAACACUUCUCUGCUUACAGCACACAGGUGUGUGUGUGUCCAUGCAUGUUUACGUGUGUGUGUGUGUGUGUGUGAGGGUGUGUGUGUGACUGUGAGUGAUUGUGUGUAUGUGUGUGAGAGUAGGUGUGAGUGAUUGCAUGUGUCUGUGUGACUGUCUCUGCGCGAGUGUGUGUGUGAGUGAGUGAUUGUGAUUGUGUGUGACUGUCUCUGCGCGCGCACACUGUGUGUGAGUGAGUGAUUGUGUGUGCAUGUUUGAUUGUGUGUGCAUGUCUGUGGCAACAUGAGCAGAGGGAUAAAAUCUUAAUUAAAUCAAACAGAAUAAACUUGUCCAAUCAGUGUAAUCAACUGACCCAGCGGGUCUUAUCUAGUCCUGCCAACCCAACGGACUGAUGCCGUACCAUCUGUUAAAGUGUCUUGCAAAAGUAUCAUCCCCCUUGGUAUUUUUCCUAUUUUAUUGCAUUACAACCUGUAAUUUAAAUUGAUGUUUAUUUGGAUUUCAUGUAAUGGACAAAAUAGUCAAAAUUGGUGAAGUGAAAUGAAAAAAAGACCUUGUUUCAAAAAAUUCUAAAAAAUAAAUAACGGAAAAGUGGUGCAUGCAUAUGUAUUCACCCCCUUUGCUAUGAAGCCCCUAAAUAAGAUCUGGUGCAAAGGAUUACCUUCAGAAGUCACAUAAUUAGUUAAAUAAAGUCCACCUGUGUGCAAUCUAAGUGUCACAUGAUCUGUCACAUGAUCUCAGUAUAUUACACCUGUUCUGAAAGGCCCCAGAGUCUGCAACACCACUAAGCAAGGGGCACCACCAAGCAAGCGGCACCAUGAAGACUAAGGAGCUCUCCAAACAGGUCAGGGACAAAGUUGUGGAGAAGUACAGAUCAGGGUUGGGUUAUAAAAAAAUAUCAGAAACUUUGAAUAUCCCACGGAGCACCAUUUAAAUCCAUUAUUAACAAAUGGAAAGAAUAUGGCGCCACAACAAACCUGCCUAGAAAGGGCCGCCAACUAAAACUCACGGACCAGGCAAGGAGGGCAUUAAUCAGAGAGGCAACAAAGAGACCAAAGAUAACCCUAAAGGAGCUGCAAAGCUCCACAGCGGAGAUUGGAGUAUCUGUCCAUAGGACCACUUUAAGCCGUACACUCCACAGAGCUGGGCUUUACAGAUGAGUGGCCAGAAAAAUGCCAUUGCUUAAAGAAAAAAAUAAGCAAACACGUUUGGUGUUCGCCAAAAGCCAUGUCAGAGACUCCCCAAACAUAUGGAAGAAGGUACUCUGGUCAGAUGAGACUAAAAUUGAGCUUUUUGGCCAUCAAGGGAAACGCUAUGUCUGGCGCCAACCCAACACCUCUCAUCACCCCGAGAACACCAUCCCCACAGUGAAGCAUGGUGGUGGCAGCAUCAUGCUGUGGGAAUGUUUUUCAUCGGCAGGGACUGGGAAACUGGUCAGAAUUGAAGGAAUGAUGGAUGGUGCUAAAUACAGGGAAAUUCUUGAGGGAAACCUGUUUCAGUCUUCCAGAGAUUUGAGGCAGAAGACGGAGGUUCACCUUCCAGCAGGACAAUGACCCUAAGCAUAUUGCUAAAGCAACACUCGGGUGGUUUAAGGGGAAACAUUUUAAAUGUCUUGGAAUGCCCUAGUCAAAGCCCAGACCUCAAUUCCAAUCCAGAUUGCUGUACACCAGCGGAACCCAUCCAACUUGAAGAGCUGGAGCAGUUUUGCCUUGAAGAAUGGCUAGAUGUGCCAAGCUUAUAGAGACAUACCUCAAGAGACUUGCAGCUGUAAUUGCUGCAAAAGGUGGCUCUACAAAGUAUUGACUUGGGGGGGGGGGGGUGAAUAGUUAUGCACGCUCAAGUUUUUUUGGCAUAUUUCUUGUUUGUUUCACAAAAAAAAUAUUUUGCAUCUUCAAAGUGGUAGGCAUGUUGUGUAAAUCAAAUGAUACAAACCCCCCAAAAAUUAAUUCCAGGUUGUAAGACAACAAAAUAGGAAAAAUGCCAAGGGGGGUGAAUACUUUCGCAAGCAGAUCGACACACUCACUCAUCACAGGAGAAAUGGAUUAGUGGCAAUAAAGAGCUUCUCCUCCCUUAGAUCGCCGGCUCACCAUGUCAAACAGACCAUAUAUUCCCCCUCGGUAUGUUCAUGAACCAUUCAAAGUGCAAUAAGCAAUGCUUCACUGAUUAUCUUCCAUACCUGCAACCUCUGCGUUCAAGAUUACUGCAUAAUUGUCCUCUUAGUUAGUUACUUAGUUACUACUUAGUUACUUAAUUACUUACUUACCUACUUACUUUGUUACUUACUCUGUGUUUCAGAUACUGUAAGGUCAAUGUUUUUGGCUGUGCCUCCACUGUCACAUGCUCUAAGACUCUCAGGCAGACUGGGUAGUGUGUCUGUAUGAGUAUGUAAUGUUUCUAAUUCAUGAGUCCUGUGUGCUCGUUGAUGCUGUGCAGCCAGCCACACAAAGGAACAGUAGCAGUGACUGUAUUCAAGGUUACCACCAUAUGCCACAUGCAGGAUUACCACAUUACCACUGUUUUUCUCUCGAAGUUGCUUUAACCCACUAGGUGUUGACUCCUAUCCUCUAUCCUGUCCGGUAGGUGCUUCACUGCUGUGUCUCUGGCUCCAACCUGCACACCCAGCAGAGUCACUACCUCCUGAGCCUGUCUGACCUCUCCACUGACUAUGACCCCUUCCUCACGCUGGGCCAGGUCAAGUGUUCUGAGCCCCCGCCCUCACACACCGCCACAGACUUUGGCAACCUUCUCACCGUGGCCGAGGGUAAGGAGACCUGAGACCUCACAACUGUCACCGCCCUCACUACUGUCACCAACACAGCAGGAGGCAGGAUGGGCAGAUGAGGUGCCACCCGUUUAAUACCUGCUGUGUAGGAGAUUGCUCUGGGCUGACAGAGAAAUUAAAGGAGGGCUGUGUACGUUUGUGUGUUAGACAGUGUGUGUUUUGAGCAUGUGUACGUGCGUGUGUUUGUGUGUUAGCGACAGUGUGUGUUUGAGCGUGUGUACGUGCGUGUGUUUGUGUGUUAGAGACAGUGUGUUUGAGCGUGUGUUUGAGCGUGUGUAUGUUUGUGUGUUUGUGUGUUAACGACAGUGUGUGUUUGAGCGUGUGUACCUGCGUGUGUUUGUGUGUUAGAGACAGUGUGUGUUUGAGCGUGUGAAUGUGGUGUGUGUGUUAGACAGUGUGUGUUUGAGCGUGUGUACGUGCGUGUGUAUGUGCAUGCGUGUUUGCGUGAAAGAGCAAUAGAAUGCUUUUGAGUAUCCUGUCAUCCAAGGUGUGUGCCCAGCUGCCCCUGCUUGUUUUAGAUAUUACUCUUCCUCAUCCAGACCACACUCUUCCUCUCCCAAACCACCUGGGAAAUGGGCAGUGGGGGAUCUACAGGGAGAUGUAACCUUUUAAUAGGUAGCCUUCCAUUUGGAGGUAGCUACUCCAUUAAAUGUUAAUGUUUUGACCUAAUAUUUACUAGACAAACACAUGGAAUGGAAUGUUUAAAGAGGUAGGCAUUAGUGCUCUGCCCCAGGGAGAGGACCCAUUAUCAAAGAGACAUCUAAAAAUGAUUUUUAUUAGUGACCUUGUGGUGCCAUUAGGUAAUGUAUUAGAGUAUUUCUUUACAUCAGCCAUUUCUUCUACUGAUGUUUCAGAAGUCAUUUUUUCUUUCAACCAAAAGAACAUACCCAUUGAUGUAAUGUUGGCUAAGCCCAGCUGAAAUAUCUAGCUUAUGUCAUUACUUUUCAUACAGCCCUACAAAGUCUAAAUAGAAACUACAGAUGGCCUCAGCAGACCAACCAAAGAGCACUAUGCAUUUCCCUUUAGAUCAUAUUGAUUAAGUCUCAUCAAAGGGCCUGUGUAUCUCUAAUGCAUCCUCUCUAAAGAGCUUUCUCCACUUUGAUGAGGGAUGAUGGUAUUGAUAGCACUGUCACAAUGCAGAGCGCAUCUACUUGUUUUUCCCCCAUCGUUACAUGAUAUCUCUUUCAUUUUGGAGUAGUCCUGAGCAUUUAAAUAAAUCUGAUACAUGGUGUAGCACUCUAUUCACCGUCCUGUAAAGACGUGGUUCUCAUUAGCACUUUGCCAGUCUUUUCUCUCCUCCCAUUGUAGCAGACUCAAUGGGUUUUUCAAAGUUGUCUCCCAUGAUUAGAUGCUACCUACUUAUUUAUGGCAGAUGUGUGUUGGCCAUAACCAUUGUGAGAAAUGAAAAACGACCCUAUUAGUUAUUAUGAAGGAAAAGCUAGCUUUUUGUGUGAAAAGGCGAGAGAAUUGAGAACAUGUCUACACAUGGUAAUUUGGUUAAAAAAGAUGAAGCCCCAAGUUCGCGUUGAAUUGCUAAAUGAGUUUACUAUAGUUUAUUAGGAUCCCCUUUAGCUGUUGCACAUUAGCUGUUGCACAGUACGAAAAAAAUUAUGAAAAUGUAUGCACUCACUACUGUAAGUUGCUCUGGAUAAGAGUGUCUGCUAAAUGACUCCGAUGUACAUGUAAAAUGCACAUGCAGCAGCUACUCUUCCUGGGUUCCACACAAAACAUUAAAUACAUGAGUACAUACAACACAUGACAGAAUACAUGUGCUGGGUCUUGACUUCACUGUGUGAAAUACAUGUAAACAUGGGGGGACUUAAAAGGUUUAUGAAAUGGUUUGUCUCUCAGGAUGUCUGUAGACCAUCAUAUUCACUCCUGUUUAUCCUGUUCUCCUCUUGCCUUCAGAGAAGAAAAGACGGAAUAUGGAGCUGAUCCCUCUGACGGCGCGGAUGAUCAUGACACACCUUGUGAACCACCUGGGCCACCAUCCCCUCAGUGGUGGCCCCGCCCUCCUGCACAGCCUGGUCAGUGAGAACCACGACAACCCCUUUGUGGAGUCAUCAGAGCUCUCCUCGGAGGUAUUCAAGAGCCCCAACCUGCAGCUGUUUGUGUUCAACGACAGCACCCUGGUGUCCUACCUCCAGGUGCCUUCAGAGCCCUCUGGUCCAGGGGAACCAUACGAGAACUCCUCCCAGGUACGGGUCAUCGUCAGGGACAUCUCUGGAAAGUACUCCUGGGACGGAGGGGUCCUCUACCGCACCCAGGAGGGAGUCAACAGCAUGCAUCAGGGGAGUGAAGACCCCUCCAACCACUCCACCACCAAGCCCACCUCACCAGGGACCUCAGAGCGCUCCAACCCUCCUGGCUGGGACUCCCAGUCAGGCUGUGAUGAGGAGGAGAAGGAGGAGGAGGAGGAGGAGGAGAAGGUUGAUGUCCUGGACCAGCUCCUGGAGGACCUGGGAUACAGCAGCCCUGAGUGCCUGCCCCAGCCCCGGCUUAGGCUCAACCAGCCAGCCCCCUCUCCCUGUGGGAUGAACCUGGAGCAGGAGGGGGCCAUCAUGGAGGCCAUCCUCAGGCAGACGCAGCAGGAGGAGGAGCAGGUGAAGAGGUGGAAUGCAGACGUGAACGUCAAGGCCACCGGCCAGAGAGAACCCGCUCACCAGGAGCCCAAAGCUCUCUUCUACUUCUGCAGACUGCUACUCAACGACUUGGGCAUGAACUCAUGGGACCGCAGGUACAGAGUAGAGAACAACAACACCUCAUCCACAGUUGUAGACUAGUUAGAAGAAUACCUCACGGAGAGCAAGAAAGUGGGAGAGAAAAAGAGGCUGGAAAGGCGUUAUUCUGCUCUCCACAGGGAAACAACUGUAGAUCAGUAAUGGUUUCAGAGCUCAAUUUAAACCUGUUUGCACCUGUUACUCUUCAGACCAAAAACCAAACGUAAAACAUGAAACGUUCUUCUCCUACUUUCAAUCUGUGUUUUACCAUUCAAAAAAUAGCAAGCACAGUCUUUGCACUGGUACAGUGUAAAGUGCCAUCUGGAUGCAUUUGAAGUUCAAUUUUGUUUAUUCCUUUUCAGGAAAAGCUUUCAUCUCCUGAAGAAGAACUCAAAGCUCUUGAGAGAACUGAAGAAUUUGGAUUCCAGGCAGUGGUAUGUUCCUGUACACUAAUUAUUUAGGUCCUCUUCAGCACACACUGUAUCCCUAGAUAACAUUGGCAUGUACGAUUUGCUUCUUGUUCGGCAUUUUAAAAGGAACUUACUGAAUUGUGAAUCAGUGUUUAAUCUCUAAUCAAGACCUUUUGACCAAACCAUCCUAGAUUUCACCUGGGUAUUCUAGCUAAGCCUGAAAUAUUGCAGCGUUCCAUGUCCAUCAUUACUCUGAACCUAAGCCCACUAAUGAAGAUUCUCUUCCUCUAAAUCAGUAAAGAUCACACUCUCAAGGCGACACAUAUUAAAACAGCUCCACUCUGCCCUCCCCUCCUCUCCUUCUAAUCUACACCAUCUCGGGCUGAUCACAGCUCGGCAGCACUCACACACAGCGAUCAAUAGGCACUUCACACUGCUAAUGACUUGGGCUUAUUAAAGAAUGCCCCCAGGAUUUUAGCAGACAAGGCAACCUGUUUGGAAGCAUGCAAAAUGCCCCCAAUUUAACAUUGCGCCAUGCUCCACCAUGACAACGGUGAAGCGCAGUGGUGGAACUAUGUGUCUGCUCUUGUUUUGUUUGUCACAUGACGGGGGGGGGGGGGGGGGGCAGUAAACACAAACAUACUAUUGUACGUUAACUCUUAAGACACAUGUUGUUUGCUCUAAUAUUAGACCAUAUUUGCUACAAUUACUUUCUGGAAUUUGCACAUUAUUGUGUGGAGGUGUACGUUUGGCAGCCUGGUCUCAGAGCAAAACAUAUGAUGUUUUACUAAAAUCCGUGGCACUCAGAUUUAGUAUGAUAUGUUACUUUACAUUAGGUUACAUUAUUUGACCCGUUUAGAAUGAUAUAUUAAGUUUGAUAGGACAGUAGGUUACUUAAGGCAAAAAUGUGAAUGUCUAGCAACCCAAAGGAUGCAUGUUCGGAUCUCAUCACAAACAACUUUAGCAUUUUAGCUAAUUAGCAACUUUGCAACUACUUACUACUUUUUCGCUACUUUGCAACUACUUAGAAUGUUAGCUAACCCUUCCCCUAACCUUAACCCUUUAACCUAACUCCUAACCUUAAUCCUAACCCUUAACCCUAACCUUGUAAUUGUAAUAGUAUGUUACGAAUUGUAAUUCUUAACAUACUAUACGUCCUGCAAUUCGUAGUAUAUUGAAUGACUGCUAUUACAUUUGUAGGCCAAUGUAAUAUAACCUAACGUAAAGUAAUAUUUCAAACUAAAUGGAGUGCCACAGAUUUGAGCCAAAUAUAAUUAGUUUUACUCUGAGACAAGGUUAUGUUUGGUGGUGUGUAGUUCACAUUUCAGAGCACCCUCAUCUUAACUGGGCUGAGUGUGGAGGUAUGCACUGAGAACAGUGUAGCAUCACUAAGUCCAUUGUUCUAACGACAGGUCUGCUGUGCUGUGUGUUUGCCUUAACAGCAGGGAGACACACAAGAUCGCUGUGUUCUACAUCGGAGAGGGUCAGGAGGACAAGUGCUCCAUCCUGUCCAACAGCGCAGGCAGCCAGGCCUACGAGGAUUUAGUGUCUGGCCUGGGAUGGGAGGUACACACACACACCCCUGCAGCAGGGUUUCCAUUAGAAAAAUGUGACUCCGGACAUUUGACCGGCAGCAUUUUAAUUUACCGAACAUUUGAGAAAUGUACCAGACCCAUAUGCAUUGGGUGCGUAACCUGAUUAGGGCGUCCACCCAUGGUGCUCAGAAUGACAGAAAUCAUAUUUAGAUUAUGGUCAUUCAUAUUAACAGAACAUGCAAGUCAAGGAUGCAACGAUGUGUGGUCCUUCUUACCGAAUUAUGAUGCGCACUUUGAAGAUGUUAGAAUAACUGUCCACAUGUACUUUUCCUUAGCCAACAAGAUGAGUAACGAACAGCAAAAUCACUAGCCUAUGUCAAUCUACUAUCCCCCAUAGUAGAAAAGUUGACCUAUUCUAUUGGUCAGCUUGUUGAGAAAGAAAUAGCCUAAUCCAAACAGACUCUGGUGCAGUUGUGGGAUGAUAGAUCCCAAAUUCACAGUAGGCCUAGGCAAUUUUUUCUUAUUUUUAAAGCAAUGAGUCUGAUGCAACAGAUCAGAACGUUUAGCUUAAAAUGUUGAUAAACUUUUAUUUCAUCAGAUUAUAAGUGCAGCAAUAAUGCAAUUAGUGGGAAAAUACUGUUGUCAAAAGCGCACCACACAUGCGAGCGGUUUCAUGUAACAGAGAUGAAAAUAGCAAUUUGAAAUUUAGAAGGAGGGGAGAUCUAAUAUGCAACAACUAGCAUGGGUUGCUAAUAUGACUAGAGCUGUGUUCGAAAACUCAUACUAACCGCACUACGUGUGAUGGAAAUUGAGUAUCUAGUAUGCUUAUUGGUCAUAGUAUAGAUAUAGUUAGUAUGCCAAAAGUUCCCGGAUGUUGUACUACAUUCGCCAAAAUACGAAGUGUACAAGCAGUGGACACUAUUUCUGUGCUUUUAGGGCCCAUAAUGCAAUUAUUCCGAAAAUGGGCGUGGUUUCACAUCGUUUUCAGAUUUGAAGAAAAUGAAGGAAAAUAUGCAGCCGAAGUCCAAGAGAGCGGAUACAAUUGUAUUGCUUUAACUAAUUAUGACAAAUGUUGAGCAAUGUAAUAAAUUAAUCACUUUUCAAAUAAAUUACCUUCAAGUGAUGUUGGCUGACAAUUUGUUAGCUACGCUAUCCUUACGAACCACAUAGCAUAUCAUUACACCAGUAUGUAAGUUAGCUACCACAUGUUAGUUGGCUACUAAUACAUCAAACUUGCCAGUAUAUUACUUUUACAUUUUUGUCAUUUAGCAGACGCUGUUAUCCAGAGCGACUUACAGUUAGUGAGUGCAUAAAUGUUUCAUACUGGCCCCCCGUGGGAAUCGAACCCACAACCCUGGCGUUGCAAACGCCAUGCUCUACCAACUGAGCUACACGGGCCUAACUAUAUGCUAUCUAACUAACUACCCAACGUUUAUAGACUUGAUUAUUCCCGUCAUUCUUAGCAUAGCUAAGCGGUAUAGUCAUUGUGCGUUUUCAAUGGACAUUCGGGUGCUUUCGUAAAUUCGCUAUGGCUAUGUACUCGGAUUUCAGAGCACUCUCGUCUGAGUGUACCAGAGUGCAGAAUAACUGAUGAAUUUACGAACGCUCAACUCCCGUUGAAUAUGCCUGGUGUCAGUAAACGUCGGCAAAAAGCGUAAUUAAAUUGUUGCCAGCAGCACAGUUAGUCACCAACGCUCUGGAUAACAUGAAAACUGCCUAACCAGCUCUGCUAGGGCGAGAAAAAUGGUCGGAGUGAGUUGUUCUCUCAUUUGUGUCUGGAAGUAGCUAGCAAGCUAGCCAACAUUAGCCAGUUAGCUUUGGUGCUUGACUCCCAUUGUAAGGUCAGAACACUCAAAUCAACCCUACUUGAACGCUCCGAGAGCGAAACGCUCUGAAUUUACAAACGGACAAUCUGACAGCGCUCUGAAUUUACGAACGUCCAGAGCGCACUCUGGCACUCCAGAUUGAAUUUAAGAUCACACCUGAAGUCGUAAAAUGUCUAGCUAGUAAUAUGUUAUGCUAUCAAGAGGUUGUAUAGCAACAGCAUCAACUUCCGGUAGACAGGCGAAGCGCUAGUACGCUCAACUGAAAAGAUACCGUUAGUUUACAGUAUACUAAAAUUAACUUAUAGUAUGUAGUAUAUACUCAUUAAGUAUGUAGUAUACAGUAUGUUAGUAUGGGUAUUCGAACACAGUUUAGGAUUGUGCCUUUGGUUAUUGGACAAUGAAAGAAAGUUGAUAUAAAAUAAUUGCCUCCACGGAUAUAGUCUGAUUUUGGCUAGGCUAAUUUGAAGCAAGGUAAGACAUGCCUCAUAUGUAGUAAAAUGUUCAGGUUUCAAACAAUUAAGUAUAUGUUUUCAAAAUGCAUACUGCCUCCAGCUCAUUGCAAAGUGGUGUGUGACGCGCUGAUGAAGCCUGCCUUUCGUUGCCUAUGCAUUUGCUAUUUGAGAUGUCUGAAAGUUUUUCUGCUCUGUAGCUGUAUGCUGUACACGUGCGAUAAAUAAGAUACAUAACAAGUAUACUGUACACACAAUCCAAAUUAAUUCCACCAAAUAAUGCAAAUUAACCUAGAUAAGCAUGACCAGUCAAAUGUAUUUACAUCGACUGAUAUUUCCAUCAAUGAAUAGGCUAAAAAGCAUUAUUUCACGAUGGGAUUUUUUUCUUCUUCUCCCAGACAAUUGGCCAGUGGCAAUUUUAUUUAUCGGCUUUUCAAUUUUUUUAUCAGCCAAAAGCCGGCUAUUACCGGCUAGCGGAAACCCUGCCCUGCAGUAUCUCGUCUCGCUUCCUGACACACGCACAAUGACAUCACACUCUCCUAACCAUGUUGUGUCCCUCAGGUGGAUCUAGCCACACACUGUGGCUUCAUGGGAGGGCUUCAGAGGAACGGCAGCACAGGACACACUGCACCCUACUAUGCUACCUCCACAGUGGAAGUCAUCUUCCAUGUGUCAACACGCAUGCUGUCCAACUCUGACGACUGCCUCACCAAAAAGGUACUUGCUAAUAUUACUCCCUCCAGAUCAAAGAAGUGAAAGUCGGAAAAGCAUGCAUAAGGGAAGACGGUCAACAACCAAAACUUGUUUGUUGGUUUGCCAUUGACUGAAAAGGCUCCUUAGCCUACACUGUGUUGAUACCUGCCACUACACUAAUAAUGUAGCAAGGUCCAAGUUCCUUCAAACAACUUAAUGUUUGUCUUUUUAUAUGAGACAGACAGAAAUGCAUACAGGUCAUUCCAUGAAAUAAGUGCCUUUUGCUUUGCGUCCUUUUGAUAUUUUAAAUUGAAAUUGUGCACAUGUAUAGAAUUUUAAAAGCCUGUUACAUUAAAUUAUAAUAAUAUAUGGAUGUUUACAGGCUUUGGUUUUUCCAUUUAUAUUUAGAGGUUGGACGUUAGCGCGUCACCGAUUGGUGUCAGUAUGUGUUAUACCUGUGCCACCUCGUUAGUCAUAAGAUGUUUCACCUGUGCGGCUGGCCCAGUACUCCAGUUGUCUUGAGAGAUGUGGAGGGUCAACACCUUUAGUUGGCUCUCCCUCUUUGCUUCCUGUCUUUAAGUUUGGUGUGGGUUUUAUUUUUGUUUGCCUCUUCUUGGGCAAAUUUAGUGGGCGCUCAUGUUGGGUGUCUUUUAGGGCCCAGUUGUUGUUGCUAGUCAACUUUCAAUGGACACCCCCAUGAGUGUCUUUCAGAACCCCUCAUAGAACCCCACCUGUUUUGUUUUGGUUGUCAGUGACUCUGUUAGUUCCCCCUUCUGUUUGAGCGACAAUUUCUGGUUUCUUACUGGGGAACGUAACACUGGACCACAUGGAAAAUUAAAUAAAUAUGAUUUUUUUAAAUGAAUAAAGACUUGCUCAAAUUCAGCAUUGACAUGUCCCUCUGUGCAUCCUCUGUGACUCUAGGGAGGAUUUUAACCCACUUAACCCCAACAUUUCUCCAAGUUUUCACCAUCAUUGUAAAGCCAUAGUUAUUUUGUUGCUUUGACAGAGUCAUUUCUGAAGAUUAUUAUAUUUUAUUUUAUUAGUGAUUCAUUUUAAGGUAAAAAAAUAAAUAAACCUGUCCCACAUUAAUGGUCAACACUUACGUGAACUGAACUUUCAUUUUAAAAUGGUGAAACUAUUCAUUUUUAAAGGAUCAAUCUGCAGUUGCUUCAUCCAUUUUUGGACUUCUAAAUUAAUUAAAUGUACCCAUUGAUUCUUGAAUAAUAUAACUUAUAAAUGCCACAUGAGCUUAAUCAACUGUCGUACCCCAUCAGAACCGAAAAUAUAAGCUUCUUUUACUUGUAAACAAGGUAAAUGUAAACAAACAAAUAGCCUAUAAAACAUGAUUAAAACUAUAAUUUUGAUAUCAUACAAAUGUAUGAAAAAAUAAAAUAAAAUAAGGAUUCAGACCCUUUGCUAAGAGACUCAAAAUUGAGCUCAGAAGCAUCCUGUUUCCAUUGAUCAUCCUUGAUGUUUCUACAACUUGAUUGAAGUCCAUCUGUGGUAAAUCCAAUUGAUUGGACAUGAUUUGGAAAGGCACACACCUGUCUAUAUAAGGUCCCACAGUUGAAAGUGCAUGUCAGAGCAAAAACCAAGCCAUGAGGUUGAAGGAAUUGUCCGUAGAGCUCCGAGACGACAGGAUUAUGUCGAGGCACACAUCUGGGGAAGGGUACCAAAAAAUGUCUGCAGCAUUGAAGGUCCCCAAGAACACAGUGGCCUCCAUCAUUCUUAAAUGGAAGAAGUUUGGAACCACCAAGACUCUUCCUAGAGCUGGCCGCCUGGCCAAACUGAGCAAUCGGGGGAGAAGGACCUUGGUCAGGGAGGUGACCAAGAAUCCAAUGGUCACUCUGACAGAGCUCUAGAGUUCCUCUGUGGAGAUGGGAGAACCUUCCAGAAGGACAACCAUCUCUGCAGCACUCCACCAAUCAGGCCUUUAUGGUAGAGUGGCCAGACGGAAGACACUCCUCAGUAAAAUACAUGACAGCCCUCUUGGAGUAUGCCAAAAGGCACGUAAAGACUCUCAGACCAUGAGAAACAAGAUUCUCUGGUCUGAUGAAACCAAGAUUGAACUCUUUGGCCUGAAUGCCAAGUGUCACGUCUGGAGGAAACCUGGCACCAUCCCUACGGUGAAGCAUGGUGGUGGCGUUUUUCAGCGAUAGGGACUGGGAGGCUAGUCAGGAUCGAGGCAAAGAUGAACAGAGCAAAGUACAGAGAGAACCUUGAUGAAAACCUGCUCCAGAGCGCUCAGGAUCUCAGACUGGUGUGAAGGUUCACCUUAAGCACACAGCCAAAUUAACGUAGGAAUGGCUUUGGGACAAGUCUCUGGAUGUCCGUGGCCCAGCCAGUGCCCGGAUUGAACCUGAUCUAACAUCUCUGGAGAGACCUGAAAAUAGCUGUGCAGCAACGCUCCCCAUACAACCUGACAGAGCUUGAGAGGAUCUGUAGAGAAGAAUGGGAGAAACUCCCCAAAUACAGGUGUGCCAAGCUUGAAGUGUCAUACCCAAGAAGACUCGAGGCUGUAAUCACUGCCAAAGGUGCUUUAGCAAAGUACUGAGUAAAGGGUCUGAAUACUUACACUACCGUUCAAAAGAUUAGGGUCACUUAGAAAUGUCCUUGUUUUCGAAAGAAAAGCAAUUUUUUUGGCCAUUUAAAUAACAUCAAAUUGAUCAGAAAUACAGUGUAGACAUUGUUAAGUUGCUCUGGAUAAGAGCGUCUGCUAAAUGACUUAAAUGUAAAUGGCUAUUGUAGCUAGAAACGGCUGAUUUGUUAAAUGGAAUAUCUACAUAGACGUACAGAGACCCAUUAUCAGCAAUCAUCAGUCCUGUGUUCCAAUGGCACGUUGUGUUUGCUAAUCCAAGUUUAUCAUUUUAAAAGGCUAAUUGAUCAUUAGAAAACCCUUUUGCAAUUAUGUUAGCGCAGCUGAAAACUGUUGUGCUGAUUUAAAGAAGCAAUAAAACUGGCCUUCUUGAGACUAGUUGAGUAUCUGGAGCAUCAGCAAUUGUGGGUUCGAUUACAGGCUCAAAAUGGCCAGAAACAAAUCACUUUCUUUUGAAACUCAUCAGUCUAUUCUUGUUCUGAGAAAUGAAGGCUAUUCCAGGCGAGAAAUUGCCAAGAAACUGAAGAUCUCGUACAACACUGUGUACUACGCCCUUCACAGAAAAGCGCAAACUGGCUCUAACCAGAAUAGAAAGAGGAGUGGGAGGCCCCGGUCCACAACUGAGCAAGAGGACAAAUACAUUAGUGUCUAGUUUGAGAAUCAGACGCCUCACAGGUCCUCAACUGGCAGCUUCAUUAAAUAGUACCCGCAAAACACCAGUCUCAACGUCAACAGGGAAGAGGCGACUCCGGGAUGCUGACCUAGGCAGAGUUGCAAAGAAAAAGCCAUAUCUCAGACUGGCCAAUAAAAAUAAAAUAUUAAAAUGGGCAAAAGAACACCGACACUGGACAGAGAAAGAUUGGAAAAAAGUGUUAUGGACAGACAAAUCGAAGUUUGAGGUGUUCGGAUCACAAAGAAGAACAUUUGUGAGACGCAGACCAAAUGAAAAGAUGCUGGAGGAGUGCUUGAUGCCAUCUGUCAAGCAUGGUGGAGGCAAUGUGAUGGUCUGGGGGUGCUUUGGUGGUGGUAAAGUGGGAGAUUUGUACAGGGUAAAAGGGAUCUUGAAGAAGGAAGGCUAUCACUCCAUUUUGCAACACCAUGCCAUACCCUGUGGACGGCGCUUGAUUGGAGCCAAUUUCCUCCUACAACAGGACAAUGACCCAAAGCACAGCUCCAAACUAUGCAAUAACUAUUUAGGGAAGAAGCAGUCAUCUGGUAUUCUGUCUAUAAUGGAGUGGCCAGCACAGUCACCGGAUCUCAACCCUAUUGAGCUGUUGUGGAAGCAGCUUGACCGUAUUGUACGUAAGAUGUGCCCAUCAAGCCAAUCCAACUUGUGGGAGGUGCUUCAGGAAGCAUGGGGUGAAAUCUCUUCAGAUUACCUCAACAAAUUGACAACUAGAAUGCAGAGGAUUCUUUCACGAAAGCAAAGUUUGAAGGACACAAUUAUUAUUUCUAUUAAAAAUCAUUAUUUCUAACCUUGUCAAUGACUACACUUCCUAUGCAUUUUGCUAUGUUUCUUAUUCAAACUCAUUUCAUGUAUGUUUUCAUGGAAAACAAGGACAUUUCUAAGUGACCCCAAACUUUUGAACGGUAGUGUAUGUAAAUGUGAUAUUUCAGUUUUUUAUUUGUAAUACAUUAUCAACAUUUUCUAAAAAACAGUUUUUGCUUUGUCAUAAUGGGUUAUUGUGUGUAGAUUAAUGAGGGGGAAAAAACAAUGUAAUCAAUUUUAGAAUAAGGCUGUAACGUAACAAAAUGUGGAAAAAGUCAAGGGGUCUGAAUACUUUCCGAAGGCACUGUAUGUGUGCGGUCUUGGCUCUUCACUCUGUGCUAGGCUGAGAUCAGGUGGUGUGACUCCUGGGUUCUGGCAUUGAUUAGUAAACCCUGGGCAGGCCUGAGGAGUAGAGAGAGGAGCAGGCGUGUGAGAAGGGGCAUGUGUGGCUACGGUAAUGACUGUGAUUCCUGGACCUGUUCCCCCCUCCUGCCCCCCUCCCUGGGUGCUGUGACUGGGGCCCAGAUUCAGCCAUUAGCUGACCCUGGCAGGGCAGGGGCCAGGCGGAUGCCGGCAGGACCUUUUUAUCCCAUUCCGGCCGUGACGACGGGAGCGAUCGAUGGGCGCUUCAGCUGUUUCCCUGGCUGUAGCACACCAGCAGCAGUUAGCAUGGAGAAAUGAGCCGCGAGGCCCCUGCCCGAGCAGCCAAUCUUCUCAUACGGUGUCCCAUGAAGAUAGGAAAUUAAUCAGGUCCUCCUCAUAUACCACCCCCACACCACCAUCAACACAUCCCUCCCCCCCUCGCCCCCAAAAAACAGUCCUGCACCGACCCCAUACUGAACCUGUGCUCAGUGGCUGCAGAAAUUAGUUAGCCUGCGCAAGAUUCGAUUUUGGCUAGCUGGUGUGAGGCGCUGGUGUGUGCCGUUGGCCCGCUUCGAUUCAUUUGACUGGGAGCCCUUGUAAUUGCACUCCUCUCCUCCCAGAACCCCGCGCUAGCCACAGGCGAUACAGAAAUUGGCAGCUCGGCGGCGGGUGUGGAGGCUUACGGGGGCGGGAGGGAGGGGGUUGAGAAAUUGGGAUGAAAAAGAGGCUUUAUCGGCUUAACUGUGCUGCUUCUCUGCUGUUUUUAUAAGGGACUGUACUGCUGAGAGGCCUGUUUUGCUGUUUUUAUAAGGGACUGUACUGCUGAGAGGCCUGCUCUGCUGUUUUUCUAAGCGACUGUACUGCUGAGAGGCCUGCUCUGCUGUUUUUAUAAGCGACUGUACUGCUGAGAGGCCUGCUCUGCUGUUUUUAUAAUGGACUGUACUGCUGAGAGGCCUGCUCUGCUGUUUUUAUAAGCGACUGUACUGCUGAGAGGCCUGCUCUGCUGUUUUUGUAAGGGACUGUACUGCUGAGAGGCCUGCUCUGCUGUUUUUAUAAGGGACUGUACUGCUGAGAGGCCUGCUCUGCUGUUUUUAUAAGGGACUGUACUGCUGAGAGGCCUGCUCUGCUGUUUUUAUAAGGGACUGUACUGCUGAGAGGCCUGCUCUGCUGUGUGUUAGUGGGAUGAGACCCAUGGGCCUGGUGGGAGGACACUGAGGUAGGGCUGGGCGAUAUGGCAUAGAAAUCAUAUCUAGAUUUAUUUCAAAUUUAUAGGCGAUUCAUAAUAUAUAUUUCAUUUUUUUUUAAAUGUUUUCUCUAAAUAAGCAUUAAUCUAAUGAAUUCAGGGUUUGUGAAAUUAUACCUAGGCUAAAUAUAAACCUUCCACAACCAUAAGACCCACUUAUAAUUUAAUUAUUUUAUCAAAAUAGUGUAACAUGCUUUUUUGCAAUAAUCACUGAUCUGUCUUUUAAGUCUGUCUAUGAAAAAGCCCUUUUUGUAAAAAAAAAAAAUAUCAGAGCCAUGCAUAAUGCACAUUCACUGAUAAUGACUAACUUAUUGUAGCAGGCAUAGAAAAUUAACACAGAUCUCAUAAACAAUCUCUCAAGCACAAGGCCACGUGCUAAUGAGUACCCAGCUAAUCUUUUUUUUUCAAGUUUAGCUAACUUGGAUCUAUUUGCUAGCUGACUAGGUUGAACAGUUGAAUUGUUAUGAACACACCCUUCUGUCUGUCUCCAACUGUUUGAACAGCAUGCUAGCCUGUCCACUUUGUUCAAAUGUUGAAAUCAGGUAGCCUACCUUAUUUAUCAGAAUGAGAAUGAGUUGCCAAUUCCUUAUAGAAUUGUGUUUUAUGCUUAUUGCACAUUCAUAAAACACAGACUAGACAGCUACUAUAACAGUCUUUGGCUAAAAUGCUGCUAUCGGUACGUGGUACCGCUAUGCCGCGUACGACAAACUGAGCAUUAAUUUUCCAGAAUCAAUGUGCAAUUUGAAGAGUUGAGACAUAAAAAGGGUAUCAUUAGAAAGGUUAACUUCUCUCUCCUCUAUUCAAAUAAUGUUUCGGUGUCCAUAUGACCGAUUCUGUUGGACCAAACCUCAAAUGUACACUGAACAACCACAGACCACCUGUAACCAUGCCAGCCCAGGACUCUCCACAUCCAGCUUCUUCACUUGCGGGGGGGGCUGAUUGAGUAUUUCUGUCUGUAAUAAAGCCCUGAUUGGCUGGGCCUGGCUCCCUAGUGGGUGGGCCUAUGCCCUCCAAGGCCCAUCCAUGGCUGCACCCCUGCCCAGUCAUGUGAAAUCCAUAAAUUAGGUCCUAAUGAAUUUAUUUCAAUUGACUGAUUUCCUUAUAUCUUUGAAAUUGUUGCAUGUUGCGUUUAUAUUUUUGUUCAGUAUAAAUAGCGAGUUGAAACCGCUUGUCAGAGAGGAAGAAGUGAUCUCUCAUCUUUGUUGUGGACAGUGGCAGGGGGAGGGGCUUGGUAGGUGUGUGUAAACAGAGAGGCUGAGCUGAAGCGAGAGGAGUCACUCUCGCCCAAAUCUGUCCAAAAUAAGCCCAAUGCGUUUCUAUGGGCUUAUUUUGGACCUAAAGUUGUCGCCUGCCUUCCCGCCUUUGGGGCAACGACUCCCAUUGUUGGGGUGGAGAUAUGAGCAUCUUGUCAUUACAGUGACAAGAUGCUCAAUUAUAGACUGAUCAUGUCUUUGUCAGUGGGCAAACGUACAAAAUCAGCAGGGGAUCAAAUCCUUUUUUCCCUCACUGUAUAUACAGAUCUCUAGUGUAAAUGGGAAGGCGCACACAGCACGGAGUGUAGGAGACCAGACCAAAAAGUUAACGUGAGAACAAGCGUACAUAAACGCUCAUCAUCAUAAUAAUAAUUAUAAUUUCAUUAUUGCAUGUAUAAUAUUGCGCAAAAACCAAAAUUCGAAUUAAUCUGACUAAUUGGACAAGGGCCUUUGACUGAGGCCACAUACAGGAGCGCUUCUAGUGCCACAUAUAGCUACAGUACUGUGUAGUAGGGACAGGGAUGUGAUUCUUCCCCUGAUUUUAAUCAGAAAUUCCUGCUUUUCUGACAUCCUCAUCUAUUCAUAUAUCAUUGAAAUCGACCUUCCCACAAACCAAUAUCCUCCUUUACCGUGAUGGUCCAUAUUGUCCUGACUCCUAAUUUCGCCAUGUCCCCACUCUCCAAGGGUGUCUCAGGGAGAAUUGGUAUAUGCAAAAAAACACAUUUCCAAAUCACACCUGCGUAUAGUACAUACUUGUACAUGUAUGAAAUAGGACAAAUAUAUGCACCCACCAAAUAUUUGUGUUGUUAUUAUUAAUCACAUUCCCUGGUCUUGGAGAGCUUGCUGCAGGAGAACACAAAUAUACAUUAGCAUUUACCCAGACAGUCCUGCCUCUUUUUUCAACUCAUUCUAUGUAAUAUUUCUAAUGUUCAUUAACAUCCCUAGGAUUUUUGUGGGCAACCUGGACAUGCAUAUUCAACAUUCUUGGUUAAUUUGUCCCUGUCUGUCUGGUCUGACCUGCACUUGUACAGAUGGGAUGAACCAGUGAGCACAACGUUCAAUCAGCGGGUUGUGGAUUUGUUUAACAUUAAAUCAUUACCAUAAUUAAGGGGUUAUAAUAGAAUGUGCUAAUUGCAUUUUUUGGGUGGCGAGGGCAUGUUUUCUUAAUGGCUCAUUAGACCCAAGUACAUUAGCACAUGUUUUCAUCCUCUCUCAGUGAGUCAGUCAGUGAGGAGGCAUAGUCUUAGCAGUCAUGAUGCCACAUGAUCAGGGACAGGAGUUAUUCCUAACCUCUUCACCUGACCAGGAAAUACUCUGGGCCCUAACUAGGCCCAGUCUAUCCUGGUCAGGUCAUGUGGUCAGGGAAAAACUCUGCCCCAUGAAUGAUGGGUAAAGACCAGUGAGUUUUGUCAGCCACAAUACAUUUUAAAUUUUUACAUUUAAGUCAUUUAGCAGACGCUCUUAUCCAGAGCGACUUACAAAUUGGUGCAUUCAACUUAGGAUAGCCAGUGGGACAACCACCCUUUUUUCUUUUUUUUAUGGGGGGGUAGAAGGGUUACUGUUAUACUAUUCCAGGUAUUCCUUAAAGAGGUAGGGUUUCAAGUGUCUCCGGAAGGUGGUCAGUGACUCUGCUGUCCUGGCGUCGUGGGGGGGCUUGUUCCACCAUUGGGGUGCCAGAGCAGCGAAUAGCUUUGACUGGGCUGAGCGGGAACUGUGCUUCCGUAGAGGUAGGGGGGCUAGCAGGCCACAGGUGGAUGAACGUAGUGCCCUCGUUUGGGUGUAGGGUCUGAUCAGAGCCUGAAGUUAAGGAGGUGCCGUUCCCCUCACAGCUCCGUAGGCAAGCACCAUGGUUUUGUAGUAGAUGCGAGCUUCAACUGGAAACCAGUGGAGUGUGCAGAGGAGCGGGGUGACAUGAGAGAACUUGGGAAGGUUGAACACCAGACGGGCUGCGGCAUUCUGGAUGAUUUGUAGGUGUUUAAUGGCACAGGCAGGGAGCCCAGCCAACAGCGAGUUGCAGUAAUCCAGACGGGAGAUGACAAGUGCCUGGAUUAGAACCUGUGCCGCUUUCUGUGUAAGGUAGGGUCGUACUCUGUGAAUGUCGUAGAGCAUGAACCUGCAGGUUCGGGUCACCGCUUUGAUGUUAGCGGAGAACGACAGGGUGUUGUCCAGGGUCACGCCAAGGUUCUUUGCACUCUGGGAGGAGGACACAAUGGAGUUGUCAACCGUGAUGGCGAGAUCAUGGAGCGGGCAGUCCUUCCCCGGGAGGAAGAACAGCUCCGUCUUGCCGAGGUUCAGCUUGAGGUGGUGAUCCGACAUCCACACUGAUAUGUCUGCUGGGGCAAGAGUGUUCUUUCUCCUUUCUCACUCCUCUGCCUUGGUUCAAAAACAGAGUUAAAGUAACAAUCUGCCAAUUUCCUGUAAUUUCUGUCCUGACUUCAUUUGUAUUUACGAAUAGAACAUGGAAAUUGGAUGCAAUUUGGAGUAAAGUUAAUUUCAAUGAUUGGUUUUAUAAUGCUCAAUUUAAUGUUUUUUUUGUUAUUUGAAUUUACAAUGAAAGUUCAAAUUACAAGGUGCUGUACAUUGUCACAACACCCAGAGCUGUGGUAAUAGCCUACCUAUAUUAAUUUGUUAAAAUAGUAAUAACAAUAUGUUUUUUCUAAACGUGAUCACCGUAGAUAACCAUGUCUAAACCCUGUGAUUUGUUCUGGUGAAGCUGCGUCACCUGGGAAACGACGAAGUUCACAUAGUGUGGUCGGAGCACAGCAGGGACUAUCGGCGUGGCAUCAUCCCCACUGACUUUGGAGACGUGCUGAUCAUCGUGUACCCCAUGAAGAACCACAUGUUCUUCAUCCAGAUCAUGAAGAAACAACAGGUACUACAGAUCAGCUGGUUGGCUGCUCUGAAUACUCAAUGCAAAACCAAUAUGGUAGUUGGUCACAAUGAGUUUUCAGAGUUUGCUUCUACACUUGGUUGAUUAUUUUCCACUAAAUCCAUGUCUGUCAUAGACUUUUACUUACUGUCUUUUUUUACAUUAAACAAAUAUAAUGGGAGUUGUUUUCACAAUUUCUCUACUAAAACUGAUCAAAUACAUAUUCCAGCACUGCUCCAAUCUAUCCAACUUUCUCAACUGUCUGAUCUUAACUUUUAUGACAACCCCUCUUAACUGUCUUUCCCCAUGGCCCUCAGACUGGCUUGUUGGUUUAGUGGAUUAACUGUCUGUCUGCCUGUCCAGCUGUGUGACUCUGAGAUGGACGGUAAUGCCCUCCUCUUUCACUACAGUGCAUCACCCUCACUGUGGGUAUGUGCUAGAGAACGACAGAUAUGGAUUUAUUAAGGCCAAUACCGCUUUUUGGGGGUCAAGGAGGCCGAUGGACAAUAUUUUAUGCCGAUAUUCAAUAUCGUUAAAUUUGAACAUUUUGAUGACAAAACCGGUAUCUUGUUUUGCUGUCGCCUGUAUAUGGACAUUGUUUUGCCGAACAGUAAAUUAAUGAAUACUUUCAAUAUGUCUACAUGCCUUGUGUCAUUAUUCAAGUGUGCUUAAGCUAAAUUAUAUGCAGCAUGAGUGGGUAGCUAACAAGAUGCUGUCCAGCCAGAGGUUCCUAGAGGACAGCUACCAAUGAAUGAGUAAGUGGUGCCGGCUUGCAACAGUUUGACACGAAGCAAGUGCGCUUGCCCUCCAUAGGGGUCGUUCUCUAGUAUGUCUCAGAGGCAGUCACAGUGUCUCUCAGCUAGCUUUCAUCUUGGCGGCUGCUCUGUUCUAAACCACGGCACAGAGCACACAGAUCUAUAGCUGUUUUAUACAUUUAGAUUUGCUUUGAGCACUUCAACGGUUGAGAUUCUGGGCAAUUUGGCUUUACAUCUGGGUUCUAAACCAGACAAAAAUUCCUGAAACAAGAAAAGAUGUCUACCACUGUGACUUUUCCUCACACAUCUAAAAAAAAAUGUAUGCACGCACGACUGUAAGUCGCUUUGGAUAAAAGCGUCUGCUAAAUGGCAUAUUAUUAUUAUUAAAUACAUUAGAAAACCCCACACAAAUAGCUGCAGUCUCUUCUAAAGCGGGGGAAAGAGACUUGUCGGCCCAACAAUGGGAUUUAGUGUGUCGAAGCGAAUGCUUUCUCAUUCCACUGACCUGCCAGCAGGACUCUGCCAACCUGGAGAUGAUGCCCACUGCCCUGUCUGGCCAUCUACCUAGGACUCCUCCCAAUAGCCACACAGACAGAAAGACACCACCCAGUCUUCAGCCCAAACCUCCACCAUAUAAUCCUAAGGCCUCUGUACUCAGACCCCCCUCUCAUUCUUAUUCUAUGGUGUUCUAGAGCUUCAUUGUCCUGAGUAGCGAUUGAAGGGGCUAGAUGUCCGUUUGAAGUGUGUUCCAAUCAUUGAAGUGGAGGGACUUUCUGUAUAAUGAGCUAUUCCAUGCAGAGUAGAGAGCAGGACUUAUGGAAGGGGCUCUGACAUUCACGUCACAUUCCAGGUCAACGAUUAUUCAACUCAGCAGAUUUAAGACCUCCCCAAAACCCAUGAACAGACGCGUGUGUCACACACACACCAACUACACACACAUGUGCGUGCUGCUCUCAAACACAGAGAACGACCAUUGUAUUUGUUCAAUAGUUCAAUAAAAGUAUUUUCUCUGGUAUCAACAGUAAUUUGGACCUCUUACUCUACAUUGAUUUGCAUUAGUUGUGUGUGAUUGUCAUGCUAAAUAACAAAACUCAAUCCUAAAUCACUCAAACCUAACUCGAACCCUGUGCCCAUUUGAGAUGUCGCAUGCAUUUCAAAGCACACUAAUUUCAUAUGAUUGCAUGACUUCAAUUGCUAUUUAAAAAAUGCUGGUUAUCUGAAUAAUAUAUUAUUCCUCUUUCUUCGUAUUUCUUUCUCUCUCCCUCCAUUCCUCUCUCUCCCUCCUUCCCCUUGUAGGUCCCUUUCUUUGGGCCUUUGUUCAGCGGCGCCAUCGUCACUGGAACGCUGCUGCCCAGCCUGGUGCGUGCCACCUGCAUCAACGCCAGCAGAGCUGUCAAGUCCCGCCUGACGCUCUACCAGAGCUUGUAUCCUUUCUGUGCACUCUUUACUCUGUUACCUCUACCCUUCCUACAGUCCUGUCUGAUCACAGAGCUU